UGCUUUUGAUACAAUUUUCCUAUCCAAAUUUCAGGGUUUUUAAUAAGAAAUCUAAGAAGUUACGAAAUCGAUUUUCCAACUAUAACGGACAGCGAGAAAUCACAUCUGGGCUAUCUCACGGAUACCUCAAGUAGACGCAGGCGAAAAAGAGCUAUCAACCUAGUCGACGACAAGGACUAUUUUCAUUACAAAUUCAAAGCAAAUGGCGAAGAAUUUCAUAUGAAACUGCGCAUCAACAAGCAUCUGUUUGGCCCACAUUUUAAGGUGGAACAUUAUUAUGGUAAUGGUAGUGUUGAGAGCGUCAAGAUGACGGAACAUUGCUAUCUGAUUGGCGAGACCGUUCCGCAUAAAUUUAAGGUGGCUGUCAGCGACUGCGAUGGUUUGGUAAGUACAGAUUAUAGUUCAAGUUUCGUUGCGAAAUGUUGUAAAAUGCGGAUAAUAAAGCCCUGGGAAGUUUGCCAUUUUCAGUCAUUUUGUAUUACGCACAGGAAAUUGAUACCUUUCUUCAGAAAGCGGUAUCAAUUUCCCGUGCGUAAUACGAAAUGACUGAAAAACGGCAAACUUCGCAGGGCUAUAUAUUAUCUGCAUUUUACAACAUUUUGCAACGAAACUUCGGAACAUUGCUAAUUUUGUGAUGCUCUUCCAGCUGUGAUGAAAUUUUUGACUAGACUUGUCUAGAUCAGAAUUUUGUUCAUUAGGGAAUAGGUCCAUCGACUAGUGCAUUCAGCUUACUAUAAAUAUGAUACGGAGCUCACUGGACGUCGCGCGUUCAAAAUUUAAUUGUUAAUAUCAUCUUAGUCAAUUUAUUCGAUUCUGACGUCGCUUGGUUAAGCUCUUUAACAUGCUCUGAAAACCUUUGCGAAAUCUCUCGCUAAGGAAGUUGUAGAUUAUAGGAUUGGAAGCACUGUUCACAAUAAUUAGGACGCGAAGAAUGCUGCUGGCAUGGAGAAAUAUGUCGGGAUUGAAUUUUUCGGCGUUGCCGAAGGCUAGCAACAAGUUCAGUAUGUUGUAAGGGAUCAUACACAGAAAAAACACCAUUACAACCGUCAGUAACAUAAUGGUGGUUUUCCGACGUUUUUUUUCCACAAAAUUCUUUCGUUUUUGGUGUUCGGAGUGGGUCGCUGCUUCUGAAGAGAGACGUUUGUCAGGAUGCCAUAGUUUAUAUACGAUUCGGGCGUAGAAAAUGCUUAGGAAGAUUAUAGGGAUAACAAUUAUUGAUAUAAAUAAUACCAUGACAUAAACUUUGACUUGAUCCUCCGACAGUGCGAGAUUUACAAAGGUGACCUAACAAAAAGAAAAAUGAUAAUUUACUAAUUUAUAUAUUACGCGAAUAUCAAUAUCAACUGAGAUGUUUUCAGGUAGUUGCACGCAUGCAUCUCUAUCAAUCAGAAGCUUUCAAAUACAAGUAUAUACCUCUUCAAGUACAACUUCACCGUCGCGUCUAACGGGAACUAAAGUGGACACGAUAACUAUGUAAAUUGAAGAUGGGGUUGAGAUAGCAAUGGCGCAUAUCCAAAUGAUCGCCAGGGUCAAUGCAGUUGUUGAUUUCUUCUUCCGUGCCAUCUGCUUCAGUGGAUGAACAACAGCAAGAAACCUGGGCGCGAGAAUAUGGGAGUUAAUUAACUGACUAAAGAAACUUGGGCAAAUUGGGGACAUAGUUGUAGAAACACUGUUUCCCAACCAUGUUUUUUUAAGGAACAUUGAAAAAUAAACUAAGGAACAUUGUUUCAGAAAUGUUUCCUUUCUAUGUUUUUUUGAAUCAGUAUUGUUGCGAAAACAUUGUUCCAAAUCAUGUUACCCAAAGCAAAAUUGCCCAAUGAUGCACAGAAAAUUUGACUAUAUAUUAGGCAUCAACGGUUAGCUCAAUAAUGCCAGACAUAUUUAUAAGCGGAGCUUGACAAUAUAUGAACAAGACCCUGACACAGAAUAAGAAGUUACAGCAGAAGCGUAACUCUAGUCGUUUCCUUAAUUGUUUUACGUCCACGAAAAUUUUAACUCGCUCGCGUCAAUCCACGUCAUCCUGGCUAGUACAACUAGUGCUGUGCAAACGCCGGUUUUUCAUCUCCGGCUCCGGCCGAAUUACAGCUCUGAGCUCCGGUCCCGGCCACAUCAUAAAAUAUUAAAUAAAUGUUUUUCGAUCAGAGAACAUUUAUUAAUUUUAUUAUGAAUAACCCUUUUCGCGCUUCCUAAUUAUCAGAUAACAUAACUCAGGGAAAAAACAGUGAAAACACUUAACCACGCAGAAAAUAUCUAUAUGGAAACCAGCCUCGAAAAAUCUUUGACACGAGGCAUGACGCUAACACUCUCAGACUCCACAGCGCAAUUGUUCGCACGCAAACAAAGUACUCUGUCAUUUUCAAAAGGUUGAUAUUUAUUUGUUUUGUACUUUUUCGUUAUCUACAAAGCAUGAAUACACAGACUACAGUAUGUAGCGCUAAGUCAGAUGGCUUCAUGAAAGCAUGACGUUUGUAAGUUGCGAUCGUAUCACAGCUUUUCGACGCUGUUCCUGUGGGCUGUGGCAGUUUGAGUCUAUGAUGAAUUCGUUAACAGCAAUUGCCAGUUUUCAGUAACUAACAAUCGUUUGACAUUUGUCUCAUUUCAUAUUGUUUUCUUGUCAUUUUGCCGGAGCUGGGAAAACGUAACUCCGGCUCCGGGUUCCGGCAUACAAAAUUCUGCCCCGGCUCCGGCGUCGGAAAAACCGCCGGAGCUCCGGCAGAACUCCGGCAACUCCGGCGCACAGCACUAAGUACAACCGGAAGUUUUUGUCAGGUUUUGGUAGGUACAAAGUGCAGAUUGUACUAGCCAGGAUGGCGUGAUUGAUGACGAAUCGCUUGUGAAAAUGCGGACAAAUACGUGCUUGAGUUACGCUUCUGCUGUACCUUCUUAUUCUGUGACCCUGACGACAUUUAACAAUGGCGUCAUGCAUGAGCAUUAUAUAGUUCUUUCUUACCUUUCAAACGCUAUGGCCAUCAGGGUAAAUGCAGAGGAUGCGGCAGCGAAAACGCCUGUUUGUUGCAUCAACUUCGCCAUGGUUUCACCCGUGGUUCCACUCAAAGGCCAGCGACCGUUGCAUAUCUCCUGCGUCAGAAAACCAGGCACACCAAGCAGGACGAACAGGAUAUCAGAUAGAGACAGAUUGAGAAGCAAUAUGUUUGUCGCUGUAUGCAUCGUACGGUUCAUGGCCACUACCAGGAAAACCAUGAAAUUUCCUAAAAUGGAGAAGAUAUUUGCUUGCAUGGUACACUGUUGGAUCGCAAUUCAGAACGCCGUUAUAGAACGCGUUUCCUGUAAUUUAGUAGCCCUAUUUAGCUGCUUAUUCGUACAUAGUAAAUUUUUUAUCUUACCUGCCAAAGCAAUGAUUGAGACAAUGCCGUACACCGUUGAACAUGCGAUUAUUUUUGCAGUGCUGGAAUACAAGUCAAACGUAUUCCAAGUCAACGUUGAAUUGUCUGUCCCCGACCCAUUUGUACAAUUAAGGUUUUGUAAAGCUGUGCUGUUGAAUUUCGGUAAGAGAGCUGCUGUAGUGAUGUUGGAACAGAUUGUGUUGUUCAUCUUGAGAACGAUGAAGUUUCUUUUUGUUUCUGGAACAAAGGAUAUUAUUAGUAGUUUCCUAUAUAUCCAGUGUUUUUAUGAUCUAUGUGAAACAUUGACGAUUAUUUAAAGUUUGUUCGUUCACUGCAACCAGCUGCAUGGUAUAUCAGAUGAUCUAAAGUUACAAUCGUGGCUUCUUAAAUACCCAAGGGACGACGUCACCUGCCAAUGAGAUGCAUGUAUUCCUCUGGCAAAUAGGCACCGUCAUCCCUAUUCAAAGCAUGAUUACUCAUAUUUAUAUGCCACGCUUCUGGGUAAUUACUUUAGAGUUUCCCCACGCAAUCUCCGGCAAGGACGUUUUCUACUGGGCGAAAUUUUGCGCGCGGAGCGGAAUUUCCCUUUGUCUUUUCUAAUUAGUUCCACUUUUCUAAGAAAAAUUCCGCUCCGCGCGCAAAAUUCCGCCUAGUGGAAAACCGGCUUAACAUACAUGUUCUGCUAAAGCUGAUUUUCCCUUGUCUAAAGUUGAAACAGCCUUUUGAUGAAAAGAGAAAAUCAGCUUUAGCAGAACAUGUAUGUUAAGCCGGUUUUCCACUAGGCGGAAUUUUGCGCGCGGAGCGGAAUUUUUCACGAGAUUGCGACCAAACACGAGAUUGCGUGGGAUAUGAUACUAUAAAUACUAUAUAUAUAUUUAUACACUCAUACAUAUAGCCGGAUAAUUCUAUUCCUUAUAUCGAGGGCCAAAACGCUGCAUUUUAUUUCAAUGAAAUUGGAAGAUUAGUUAAAAAUUUAAGGUGAUUACAAAAUGAAAGAAACUGAAUGGUUUUAAAAAUGGCUUCUAUCAAAACCAAGUAACCAUGGCGUUUUGAACACUAGCUAUAAUUUGAUUCACUUUAUUAUAACUUAUAGAUGCAUCUAGUUAGGUUGGGCGGAUUGAAAAACUACUAUAUACUGGAUUACCUGUAGUAGGUCGAAAUUUGACUUCUUGUCACAGCUAGACACCAGGCAGUAGAUACAUAUCGCUUUGCGUAAAUUGGUUAAUGAACCUCUUUUUGGUACGCAUGCAUCAUUAGUUGUUUACGUUGCAUGGUCCACAAGUGUCACGGCAAAUUUUUCUGAAAUUACGUUACAGGUAAACCAUACGUCAAGCGUUCCUCUUUCGAGUUCCUACUAACUUGAUUGCAAUUUUCCUAUGACCUUUGCAAAUUUGUAAAACCCCUUGCAAAUCCCUUGAGGGAGUUUGCAAUGUUGCUAUCGGCUGUUGCGGUAUUCCAGAGAAACUUCCUUUCAAAUUUUCCUGACUUCCUGUUCUGUUCUGAGCGUUGUCAUUGGUGGAUUAUUUUUGUUAGCCAAUAAAGUUAAGAAUUUGUAACAGGAAGUCAAGAACUUCUAACAGGAAUUGAAGAAAAUUUAAUUGACUUUUAGGAACAUUGCAAAUUCCCGUAUUUUCUUCGUGAAAACCGCGUAACCGUCAUUUUUCUUAUACAGUAAAAACGGUCGACAAGAGGACAAAGAUGGCAGAUUUUCGUUGAGAAACAUUUACUGACUGCAUGAUAUAUCUAUUCUGCAAUCUUGUUGGGCGCCCCGCAAGUUGCAGACCAAAAUAGAACACGAUAUCUCUCUGAAGAAUUUCAAUACUGCACGUAACUAUAAUUAACUAUUAUUGCAAGCUUGUGGGGGAGUUGAAAGGUUUUGCCGCCCUUUCUCUGAACAAAGAAAAUUAAAAACAAAAUACUUCAGCCGUUUAUUAUAAAAAAAAAUACUUAAGCCUUUUACAACGUAAGCACAGAAGCUAUAGAGUAUAGGAAACUUUAGCCUGUAUAUUGUCAGUUCUAACUCUUCUCCUGGUCGAGUGUGUUAUCAGCUACAGGAGGAAACUUUAACUAAACCAACUUUAUAAACCAAGAGCUCAUGCUUGCUGCAUACUACUUUCUGCAUAAUAUUGGUCAAAAUGCAGCCAAUGGACCUAUUACCUAAAACAAUAUGCAGCGAAUGGACCUAUUACCUAAUGAACAGAAUUUUGAUCUAGGCAAGUGUAGACAAAAAUUUUAUCACAGCUUGAAAGAGCAUCACAAAAUUAGUAAUAUUCCGACGUUUCGUUGCGAAAUGUUGUAAAAUGCGGAUAAUAUAGCCCUGCGAUCGAAGUUUGCCGUUCUUCAGUCAUUUUGUAUUACGAACGGGAAAUUGAUACCUUUUUUCAGAAAGCGGUAUCAAUUUCCCGUGCGUAAUACAAAAUGGCUGAAAAACGGCAAACUUCGCAGGGCUAUAUUAUCCGCAUUUUACAACAUUUCGCAACGAAACUUCGGAAUAUUACUAAUUUUGUGAUGCUCUUUCAAGCUGUGAUGAAAUUUUUGUCUACACUCGUCUAGAUCAAAAUUUUGUUCAUUGGGUAAUAGGUCCAUUCGAAUAAGGCUGUCCUUUGAAAAACCUUAACUAAACUCUACACCUUAAACCUUAAACUCUAAGCGCGCAAAGCUUAAUGGGAGCACAAGUUUCAGACUUUGUAGUUGAAUAUUGCAGCUAUUUGUGAAUACAUUGUUCUCGUAUGGAGAUAUUUACCAUGUCUAUAAGAAAUGGGCGUCGAUCCUCAUACUGCUUUCUAAACAGAUUAAGCAUAACUGUUCCCGUUAUGCUUUGCACGCUUAGAGUCCAAGGUUUAAGGUUUAGAGUUAAGGUUUUUCAAAGGAAAACCUUUUUUGAAUUAUAGCUGCAUGUAUAUGGUUUGAAAUAUUUCAUCAUUUUAAACCUCUGACGAGACUAUACUACCUUAUAUACUAGUAUUACCAGACUAUACUAAUAUAUAUAUAUAUAUAUAUAAAGCUUCAAAUAGAAAAUAAAUUUUAUUAAACUUUAAAUGAAUAAAUACAUGUUGUAAAGAUAAAGAUACGUUUCGGGGCACAGCCCCUUCGUCAGAAACGAGAUAAGUUCAAAUCCAUGUCCUUAAAUACCUUUGGCCUAAUCCAAAUUAACAUACACUAAUAAUAUAUAUAGACUUGCAUUAAUAUUCCUCCCUCAAAUUUAAUCCCAGUGGUACAUAUGUAUUCAAUUUUUCAAUCCAAAAACUUUCCCUCUCUGUAGGUUUAUUAACAUCCGUGAUAUCAAUAAUCUGUGCUUUAAAAUCAUUAAGACCCGAAUGGCCCUCCUAAAAAAAAUGUUCAUACAAAUGUUGACCACAUAAACCUCUUUGGCCCUUAGAAAAUCUAUUAAGCGAACUCUUGUGGUUAUUAAAUCUAAGACGAAAUGACGUUACCGUAUUGCCCACGUAUUGUUUAUUACAUUUUCCGCAAGUAAUUAAAUAAACCACCCCCUGAGAGUUACAAUCAAAGUGAUGGUUAAUGUGAAACGUGCGCCGUUGUACUGUACUUUGAAAAGUAUCCGCUACCACGAUGGAAUCACAAACCUUGCACUCUUUCCCCCCACAUUUAACCAUCCCUCUAGCUGCAACCUCAAGCUUAUACAAUUUAGCCCGAACAAGAUGGUCUUUAAGGUUUUUGGAUCUCCUAAAACACACCAUAGGUGGCUCUGGCAUGACACUUAGGAACUUGCUAGAUAAGCCUACAAUAUUUUGCAAUUCCCUAAAAAUUCCAUAAAUUUCCCGCAAUGCUGGGUGAUAAUCUAUGAUAAAGGUACUCUUAUUAUUUUCUCUUCUAUUUGUAGAGAGUCAGUUUAAGAGGGUAAGGUUUUUGGAUCAGUCGGCAUUAUUUAAACGGGGAAGUGAGCAAACUAGAAGAGAAAAUAAUAAGAGUACCUUUAUCAUAGAUUAUCACCCAGCAUUGCGGGAAAUUUAUGGAAUUUUUAGGGAAUUGCAAAAUAUUGUAGGCUUAUCUAGCAAGUUCCUAAGUGUCAUGCCAGAGCCACCUAUGGUGUGUUUUAGGAGAUCCACAAACCUUAAAGACCAUCUUGUUCGGGCUAAAUUGUAUAAGCUUGAGGUUGCAGCUAGAGGGAUGGUUAAAUGUGGGGGGAAAAAGUGCAAGGUUUGUGAUUCCAUCGUGGUAGCGGAUACUUUUCAAAGUACAGUACAACGGCGCACGUUUCACAUUAACCAUCACUUUGAUUGUAACUCUCAGGGGGUGGUUUAUUUAAUUACUUGCGGAAAAUGUAAUAAACAAUACGUGGGCAAUACGGUAACGUCAUUUCGUCUUAGAUUUAAUAACCACAAGAGUUCGCUUAAUAGAUUUUCUAAGGGCCAAAGAGGUUUAUGUGGUCAACAUUUGUAUGAACAUUUUUUUGAGGAGGGCCAUUCGGGUCUUAAUGAUUUUAAAGCACAGAUUAUUGAUAUCACGGAUGUUAAUAAACCUACAGAGAGGGAAAGUUUUUGGAUUGAAAAUUGAAUACAUAUGUACCACUGGGAUUAAAUUUGAGGGAGGAAUAUUAAUGCAAGUCUAUAUAUAUUAUUAGUGUAUGUUAAUUAGGAUUGGGCCAAAAGUAUUUAAGGACAUGGAUUUGAACUUAUCUCGUUUCUGACGAAGGGGCUGUGCCCCGAAACGUAUCUUUAUCUUUACAACAUGUAUUUAUUCAUUUAAAGUUUAAUAAAAUUUAUUUUCUAUUUGAAGCUUUAUAUAAAUGAAGUUUUUUGGGAGGCUAGUGAUAUUUAUAUAUAUAUAUAUAUAUAUAUAUAUAUAUAUAUAUAUAUAUAUAUAUAUAUAUAUAUAUAUAUAUAUAUAUAUAUAUAUAUAUAUAUAUAUAUAUAUAUAUAUAUAUAUAUAUAUUAUAUACCAGACUAUACUAAUAUUUUACUCCUUGCAUAAUGCAAUAGAUUUAUUUAAUUUACAUAUCUCGAGAACGAAAAAAGAUAAGCUAGAAAAGUUGUCCAUGCAGUGAACUUAUUUUACAGUUUUACAUGCUCUUUCUAGCUGUCUAGAACGCUGAUUUGAAUUUCGUUGCCAUUGCAGUAAACUCGCCUGUUUUCAUGGCGAUGCCCAUGGGCAAAUAUCACAGAAGACAAACUUUGUCUUUGUAUAGAGGCAAUUACGCCAACAUUGAGGCAAUUGCGCCAAAGCUAAAUAAAGAUUUAAUGAGUUUCGAAAUAUUUUUAUUUGCCGUAAUUUAGAGAUAAAAAGAUAGCCACGUUUUCAAGCAUUUUGUGCAGGUGGGGUUUUUUUUUCCAAUAAUUAAUGUAUUGUGCUUUUCAAAGAUAUUUCGUUAUCUCGAUACCAUUGUCAUAAAGCACACUAAUAAGAUCCUUGACCUUAAUUGUAGAUUUGCAUGGUAAAAAUAAAUAUAAUUGUUUUGUUUUGUGGACGCGUUCAUUUCCUGGUCUCUGCUUUGGCGAAGCUUUCGAUCCAAGAUCGUUGGUGCUAUAAUAAUUUAAUACAUUGGUGAAGAUAAUAAUAAAUAAUAAUAAACUUUAUUUGAUGAGGGUAAAUUAACAUUUUUACCUGAGAAGGUAUUCUACCAAAUGGCCCUCUAAAAAUUAGAUAACCUACAGUAUUUACAAUAUAUACAAAGAAGCAAGUCUAUAGUAGCAUUUGACACAGACAUAUAUGGGACUAUACAACUUAUAGUACCAAAUACGAAAAUAACUGUAUUAUUAAGCUUAAUAUAUAUCGAAAGCUAGCAAUACAAAAUAAACGUGAUGCUUCCACAAAUACCAAACAAAUAUAUUUCCGGCAUGCAAUCAUGCGUAUAACAAGCAUUUCGUGGCGAAAUUGAAACUUAUAUACACUGAGUAUAUAUUAAAUGAAGUAAAUCUAGUUUAGUGUCUUCUUACACUGGACCUCGACGAAGAACAAUUUAAUCACUGACUAUAUAUUCUAUAAUGCAAAUCACUGACUAUAAUUCCAAAACAAAAUGAUAUCACGAAUGUUGACAACGAAGAAUUAAGUAUAUUGCAAGAAUAUCAGUGACAGUGUCAAGUAGUAAGGACAAAUACAAGAUCUAAACUAAACAAACUAGUAUCCUCUAGUAUAUAUAAAUUGAGUCCAGUUUAAGUUUCGUCCGGUAUACGGUAUAUAGUUACAAUCGACUACUACAGAGCUCUGUGAGAACAUGCAGUCUACAAUAAAUAAAGCUAUCCCGAAUAACUAAACUUAGAUUCAAUUUCGUUGAAUUUAGUAUAGUUGCAGUGUGCUUGCCGUAUUCGCGCAUAAAAAAUGUUUAAUACGACCAGAUCUAAUUAUAGAAACGUUUCUGCGAAAUAUGCAUGGCUCGCUGCUGUAUUCCAGGGGAUCUCGUGUUCGUAUUUUAGCCAACCAGCGCUCAGAAAGGGUUGUCCGAAUAGAAAUCCAUUUUGAUGUAUUCAGUCAAUUCAAUUAUAUCUUUCGUUAUUCUUUAUGAAACUAGUUGAAAUUUUGUAAGUAUGUUUGGUUAUGAGAACUCUAGCUCUGACAAAAAUAUGGAAUCGAAAUAAAGUAUAUUACAGGAGAUAUUCAGUUGUUUUAAUCAUAAAAUGGAUUUCUAUUGACAACUAGUGCCAGUACUUUUCCGCUUAUCAAGAUCAUCUAGUUGAUGUGUGAUUCCGCACGUUUUUGGUGCCUCGCAUGUCUCGCACUUUAUGCAGACCCAAGAUUAUUGAUACUUUCAAAUAAUAACGAUAAUAAACUGACAGUUUCAACACUACAUAGUGAGCCAUUUUGUAUUUUGCGUAAUACCGUUCCAUUCCGUGUACCACCCUAUACUUUCCAAAAGUCCUUUCCAGUUGUUUUUUUACGUGCACCGAGCAACAACACUUGUCGAGGAAAACUUGUUAACAGUACACACGAGAAGGUAAAUUUGUCGAGGGAAACUUGUCAAGGGAAACUUGUUGACUGUACACACGAGAAGGUAAACUUGUCAAGGAAAACUUGUUAACCGUACACAUGAGAAGGUAAAUUUGUCGAGGAAAACUUGUCUGCAUGGGGCUUAAGGAGUGUUUAAAACAUUGAAUUGGCAGGAAAGUACAAGACGCAUCUGCCCCCAACGACAUUGAAUGUCAAUGUUGCAAGAGACAGCGCGUUGUACGAGGUCCGUUCAAACGAAAUGCAGCCUCGUUCCCAGGCUUUCCCUCUUUUACAAGAUUGACAUGUUGGUCCAACAUCAUGCAAGAUUUUUGGAUGCAACAUCGUUGGCCUUGUUUGAAUACCAUUUUAAAAAUGAUCUAGUUAUAUUAUACACUUUGGUAAUUAAAAUUUAGUUCUUACGCGAGUUAGGUGUCCCCAGUGAACUCCAUAUAUAUAUAUAUAUAUAUAUAUAUAUAUAUAUAUAUAUAUAUAUAUAUAUAUAUAUAUAUAUAUAUAUAUAUAUAUAUAUAUAUAUAUAUAUAUAUAUAUCUGGAGGGAGAACUCGAGUCCAAAAACUGAAGCCAGCUUCGUGUUAACCGCGCAGAAAAAAACAAUAGAAAGGGACUGGAUCUGACGUCCAAUAGCUCCUUCAAUUUCUGCCAUUUUGGCAAGGAGUGUGCCGAAAUUUCGAUUUAAAGAAUAAUAUUGUGAUUUUAUGAACUGAUAACUUGGUUAGCGAUACAGUCCGUUAGAAAAAAACUGGAAUUAGCUAGGGGAAAAUGGUUAUUGAAACUGUUUAUGACCUUCAGAGCCAUUGAGUAUUGGACGUAAAAUAUGGCCACCAUCUUGGCUUCAUUUUUCUCGUAGGCCGAAUGACUGAAGUUCUUGCUCCAGAUAUAUGAUAUAGAGGUCACCGGGUGUCCCUAGCGGACACGGACGUCGUGCGUGCAAAAUUUAACUGUUAAUAUCAUCUUAAUCAAUUUACUUGAUUCUGACGUCGCUUGGUUAAGCUCUUUUUAAAAUAUGCUCUGAAAACCCAUGCGAAAUUUCGCGCUAAGGAAGUUGUAGAUUAUAGGAUUGGAAGCACUGUUCACGAGAAGCAGGACGCGAAGAAUGCUGUCGGCAUGACGUAAUAUGUCGACAUUGAAUUUUUCGGUGUUGCCGAAGGUUAGCAACAAGUUCAGUAAGUUGUAAGGAACCAUACACAGAAAAAACACCAUUACAACCGUCAGUAACAUUAUGGUGGUUUUCCGACGGGUUUUUUCCACGAAAUUCUUUGGUUUUUGGUGUUUGGAGUGGGUCGCUGCUUCUGAGGAGAGGCGUUUGUCAGGAUGCCAUAGUUUAUAUAUUAUUUGGGCGUAGAAAAAGCUUAGGAAGAUUAUGGGGAUAACGUUUAUCGAUAUAAGUAUUACCAUGGUAUAAACUUUGGUUUGACACUCCGUCAUUGUGACAUCUAGAAAGAUGAUCUAACAAAAAGAAGAAUGAUAAUUUACUAAUUUAUUUAUUUAUUACGCGAAUAUCAACUGAUCAUGAGAUGUUUUUCAGGUAGUUGCAUGCAUGCAUCCCUAUCAUUCGGAAGCUUUCAAGUACAAGUAUAUAUACCUCUUCAAGUACAACUUCACCGUCGCGUCUAACGGGAAGUAAAAUGGCUUUGUUAACUGUGUAAAUUGCAAGUGAGAUUGAGAUAGCAAUGGCGCAUAUCCAAAUGAUCAUCAGAGUCAAUGCAGUUGUUGAUUUCUUCUUCCGUGCCAUCUGCUUCAGUGGAUAAACAACAGCAAGAAACCUGGGUGCGAGAAUAUGAAAAUUAACUGACGAAACAAAAUAGGGUUCGCUAGGAACAUAGUUGUGCAAACAUUGUUUCCCAACCAUGUUUUCUAAAAUGGACAAACUAAGGAACAUUGUUUCAGAAGCGUUUCAUUGCCAUGUUUCCUGAAAUAAAAUAAAAUAUUGUUGCUAAAACCUUGUUUCUAAGCCAUGCUACCCAAUGAUGCAUAAAACAGCUAGAAAGAACCCAUCUUUUAUUUACCCCAUUUAUAAGGACAGAAAAUUUGACUAUGCGUUUGUUGUUUUAAGCUGGAUGAUAUACGCUGUCGCUUGGGCAUCGACGGUUUAGCUCAUAUAAUGCCAGACCAAUUUAUAAGUGAAAAGCACAGCGUAGAAAGCAAUUAAGAUCCUUGAUAACGUAUGAACAAGACCCUGACGGCAUUUAACAAUGGCGUCUUUCAAACGAUAUAGUUCUUUCUUACCUUUCAAACGCUAUGGCCAUCAUGGUGAAUGCGGAGGAUGCGGCAACGAGAUUGGUUGUUUGUUGCGUCAUCCUCCCUAUGGUUUCACUGAAAGGCCAGCGACCGUUGCAUAUCUCCAUCGUCAGCAAACCAGGCACAGAAAAUACGACAAACAGGAUAUCAGAAAAGGCAAGAUUGAGAAGCAAUACGUUUGUCGCUGUGUGCAUCGUACGGUUCAUGGCCACUACCAGGAAAACCAUGAGAUUUCCUAAAAUGAAGAAGAAAGUUGCUUGUUCAGUACGGAAACAGCAUAGUUGGUACACAGUUGGAUCGCUAUUAGGAACCUUGUUAGAACGCGUUUCCAGUAAUAUCUUAUAUGGCGCUGUUUGUCUUUUAAUAGCCCUAUCGGGGAGUUAUUUAUUCGUACAUAGUAAAUUGUUCACCCUACCUGCCAAAGCAAUGAUUGAGAUAAUGCUGUACACCGUUGAAUAUGCAAUUAUUUUCGCAGUGCUGGAAUACAAGUCAAACGUCCGAGUCAACGUUGGAUUGUCCUUCGCCGACCCAUUUGUACAAUUAAAGUUUUGUAAAGUUGUGUUGUUGGAUUGCGAUAAGUGAGCUGCUGUACUAAUGUUGAAACAUGUUGUGUUGUUCAUUUUGAAAACGAUGGAGUUCCUUUGGUUCCUGGAACGAAGGGUAUUAUUAGUAAAAAUGGCAAAUAUAUAAGCCAGUAAAUUUAAUUUCACUAGCAGAUAUUACAAAGUCCAGCAUGGCAAAAAUUUUUUGUCCGUUAGUCUUUUGUCAGAAAAACAAAUUGAAUGAGAAAAGAAUGUGCAUAUCAAAAGAAAAUUCCGCUGUAGGAAUGUUUUCGAGAAAGGCUUUUUGGCAAGAAGGCAUUCAUUUGAAAUGUUGAAACUGUUUGUGUUUGAUGACGCAGCUGAAACUGUUCGUGUUUGAGGUCUUUGAAUAUCGCAGUUGUUGUAAAGAGAUCUUGGUACAUUUUAAGAUAUUCUUGCUGUUCUUCAUUACAUGCAACACUUUACGGCUUACCUUAAAAAGUUAACUUGGAUCUUGACGAACACUGAAUCUUUUACUUGAAAAACGUUUUCGCCAUAUUUUAACCAUUAAUCUUAAAAAGGGACGUCCUUUCACCGAUGCCAAAUGAGUAUUUGCGUCUCGUCUCAAGCCACUUGAUAGCCACUGUCAGCAAUUGCGAUGGUUGGCGCAUGCAUGAGUGCAUGUACAUAUUAUAGUCAAUUUAAAUAUGGUUAGCAAAUAAUAGCCAAGCAGCAAACUUUUCAAUAUAUUAAAGAAAUUUUCGACGUUCCUAGAAAUGCUUGCACUAUUAAUUCAAAAGAGUCGGCUCGCCACCAACCUAUAUGAACGCGCUUUGUGAUGGUUAAUGAUGACAAUAAAAGACAAUUAAGAACUAUAGAGAGAAAUCAUAUUUCUGAAGAACGAGUCAUAAACACUGAUCACUGUUGUUUUAUGAAGCCAAUCACAAAACAAGAUCAUUUUAGAUUGGUAUAUUUACUCAAAAGAGUGAAAAGGACGAAAAAGGAGUCGUUCUGGGGUCAACUUGAACGAAAAGAACUGCAAUAUCCAAGAUGUAUGCAGUGCACCGAGCGACAUUGAAAGUGAAUGUUACCGGCAAGGCACAUCAUUGACGCAUCAUGUUUAAUAAAUCUUCGUUAAAAGGUCAUAAUUUAAGUUUGAUUAAUUGUUUACAAAACAAAGUACCUCACACGGCACGAAACGCUACGAGAGAACCGCAAACGUACGAAAUUGCUGCACUUUAGGCUUGUACAUAUGAGCCUGCAUGGUUUGCCGCUGGGAGCCAUGCACUGAUGCACCUGAGGCGAUUGUUCUGUGUUCAUAUACGACUGUUUUUAUAAUAUUUCGCCUCGGUGGGAAGACAUUAUGUAAACAUGGGAUCUUCAAAAUAUAUUUUGUUGUAAUUAGUGUGUGUUUAGGUCUAUAUUAAUGCCGAUUUCUUGUUUGUAUUUGUUCAACUAUGUGGUUUAAUAUACUUUGUUAUAUAGCUAGCGUGAACACCAAACGCGAUUGGCUGAUUUGUGGUCACGUGACUUCAGAUAAAUGCAAUGUUUCCCGCCGGGCAACAAGUGAAAAAUUGUUGCCCGCCCCUCAGUGGCCCCGACCGGCCACAUACAUAAAUAAACAAAAUGGAGGCACAACUCAGAUAAUUAGAAACUACGAUUUUCCAAGUUUGUGUUCAAAUAAAGAAUAUAAAAGAGAAGAAAAAUACACAACAGGCAACAGGAUAUGCUGCUGAAACGUUUAAGUAGGUUCUUUUAAUUUUAAACUCGUUUACACUAUAGAGUUUUUGUCACGAAAUACAAUUGUUGUAUGAAUGUUGUUGAAGUUGAUUUUGUUCGUCGCUAUAUAACAAAACACUUAAUGCCUGUUCCCUCGGGAAAUAGUUAGUUUUGUUCUCCCUCGAAUCUUAAUGUUUCCCUCGACUUCGUCUCGCGAAACAUUGAGAUUCUCGGGAAAACAAAACUAACUAUUUCCCUCGGGAGCAGACAUUAAGUGUAUAACAUUAUGGGUCCGAAAAUCGGUAAACAAAUUCCCACCUCCGUCAAAAUGACUUGACUGAGAUCUGAUACACGUAGCGCAAGUUGACUAUGCUUAUGCUAAAUAUUUUUAGAAUAUAUAUUAGGAUCUGGAGAGCUGCGAAAAAUGCAAAGUAUAGAUGAUUUUUUGUAGCUGCUUCGGGUCACGUAAUGUAUGUAUAUACUUUUCCCUCGAAUUGCUAUCAACAAAAACUCUUUAACUUAAAAAUAAUAUCUAUAUUCUACGUCUCAAAACAGUUUUAACACUGUUUUUAUUAAUAUCAUCAUUGUUAAUGUUCAUAUAUUACAUUGGUUUGGGUUUUGUUCUUCAAUAAUUCUUAUUACGUAUUGUUCUUGUUUAUACACUCCACUUCGGUAAACUUUCGAAUAAUAUUUUCUAUAAAUAUUUAUGGUUCGGAACAAAAUUUGGUUUCUCACACUUCAAGGCCAGAAUAUAUUUCGACAAUUUCUAUCUGUUUUGUGAACUAAAAUAUUGCUUGGUACAUUGUCAAUAAACAUAUUUGUUAAAAUGAUAAAGUAUAUUAUACAGAUUAAAAUCAAGUUUUUACGCGCGUUAGGCUGUCCCUAUAUAGUGGCAGUGUUGUCCUGGUAAACAGAUUCAGUGCUGUUAUCUAUGUUAAUGUUAUUUAUGCGCGCUAUAGGGUUACCAAUAGGGUAACGGUGGCGGAAGACUAUAUUUUUCUAACACAAUGUAAGCCAUGUAAACACGAUAUGUAUAGAGUUCCUCUACCAGCGAAUCGCAGCCCACUUGGUUAUAGGAUGUCCUUAUUUUCAUGCUAAUACUGUCUCGGCGUCCGUCGAUGCAGAAACGCGUUUGAGUGUUCGCCAACGACAUGUGAAGAUGCUCUGGAAACCGGUGCGAAAUUUCUCGCUAAGGAAGUUGUAAAUUAUAGGAUUGGAAGCACUGUUCACGAGAAGCAGGACGCGAAGAAUGCUGUUGGCAUGACGUAAUAUGUCGAAAUUGAAUUUUUCGGUGUUGCCGAAGGUUAGCAACAAGUUCAGUAAGUUGAAAGGGAACAUACACAGAAAAAACACCAUUACAACCGUCAGUAACAUUAUGGUGGUUUUCCGACGGGCUUUUUCCACGAAAUUCUUUGGUUUUUGGUGUUUAGAGUGGGUUGCUGCUUCCAAAGUGAGGCGUUUGUCAGGAUGCCAUAGCUUAUAUACGAUUCCGGUGUAUAAAAAGCUUAGGAAGAUAAUAGGGAUAACGUUUAUUGAUAUAAAUAUUACCAUGGUAUAAACUUUGGCUUGAUCCUCCGUCAUUGUGGAACCUAUAAAGAUGAUCUAACAAAAAGAAGAAUGAUAAUUUACUAAUUUAUAUAUUACGCGAAUAUCAACUGAGAUGUUUUUCAGGUAGUUGCAUGCAUCCCUAUUAAUCCAAUGCUUUCAAAUUCAAGUAUACCUCUUCAAGUACAAUUUCACCGUCGCGUCUAACGGGAGCUAAAGUGGCUGUGUUAACUGUGUAAAUUGCAAGUGGGAUUGAGAUAGCAAUGGCGCAAAUCCAAAUUAUCACCAUAGCCAAUGCAAUUGUUGAUUUCUUCUUCCGUGCCAUCUGCUUCAGUGGAUAAACAACAGCAAGAAACCUGGAUACGAGAAUAUGGGAAUUAACUAUAGAAAAGUAGGAAAAACUGGGAAACAUUGUUCUGAAAAUACUGUUUCUAAGUCAUGUUUCCUAAAGAUGGGCAAAUUAAGGGACGUUGUUUAGGAAACGUUCAUACGUUGUUUCCCAGUCGUAUUUCACGAAGGAAAGUUGUCUCAGUGAUGUACAAAGCAGCUAGAAACAGUCAUUACCCAAUUAACAGCAAGAUAAUUUGACUAUGUCGGUUAACCUAAGCCAGAUUAUAUACGCUGUUGUUUGGACUGUCAACUCAUUAACGCAAAGCAGUGUCGUACGGACGAGUACAUUGAGUACAAGGUCCUUAUUUGGGGCUUCGUUGACGCAAUCGUUAGCCUGCGAACAGGCUCUCAAGCUGAAUUGAGAGCCUGCAUCGAUGACUAAUGAAUUUGAAUAUCUGCCCCGUAACGUUCGUUUUUCCAAAUAUGGAAUGUCUAUCCUUAUAUGGUGUUGUUUACAACUUUCGUGCAAACUAAAUUUAGACCGUGCAAACUAAAUUUAGACCGUACAGUUUAUACUGUUUUUCGAAAUAUAAGAUAUUCAAGCAAAAGUUCCAAUGUUUUAAAUACUGUUUUCUCAAAACAGAACAUUUCGUGCUUUGAGAUAAGAUGGCCAAGACCAAUUUGAUCAGUUAAUGUGUUUUUAUGCAUAGUGCUUCAGCAGUUGACAUAUAUAGAACUCAGCGGAAACAUAUAAAUUAUAGCAUCUGACCAAUGAGAAUUUCGCGUCACGAUUUGAGACGCAGAUAUUCAAAUUCAUUAGUCAUCGAUGCAGGCUCUCAAUUCAGCUUGAGAGCCUGUUCGCAGGCUACGCAAUCGUCAAAGCAACCGCUUUCACCUCUGAGAUCGUGGGUUCAAUAGACCUUUCCCCUUUUAAGUGAGAUUUUGAUCAAGACAAGUCUUGACAAAAAUUUCAUCACAACUUGAAAGAGCAUCACAAAAUUAGUAAUAUUCCAAAGUUUCGUUGCGAAAUGUUGUAAAAUGCGGAUAAUAUAGCCUUGCGAAGUUUGCCGUUUUUCAGUCAUUUUGAUUACAAAUGGGAAAUUGAUAAUCAGAUGAUCAAACUGAUUAUCAUUUUCCGUUUGUAAUCUAAAACGACUGAAAACUGCAAACUUCGCAAGGCUAUCUUAUCCGCAUUUUACACCAUUUCGCAACGAAACUUCGGAAUAUUACUAAUUUUGUGAUGCUCUUUCAAGCUGUGAUGAAACUUCUGUCCAGACUUGUCUAGAUCAAAAUCUCACUUAAAAGGGGAAAGGUCUAUUCUCGCUGCGGACUUAUAUGAAAAGAAUCAUUCAACGCUCUGCCGAAAGUGAUGGAUUAUCUCCGAGUUCUGUGGUUUCCUCCCACAUGGGAAUGUUGACAGGGUGGGCUUGGACUAUCCCCCAGCCGACUCUUCCACCGUAUCUAUGUUCCGUGAUCAAACACGAGCCAUAUGGUGGCUGCCAAAGGCGCCCUUAGAAUUCUUAGCUGUAAGUAAGGAUGAUAACAACACCCCCCACUUACUUAAGCCUGAUUUACACUAUCAAAGUUUCUGUGAUCAUAGUAGAAAUUUUUGACAGGUAAAUUUUAAGUUUUGAAGGAUUGUAAGAAAUGUUUGAGGCAACUGACCCAGUGCAUGUUAAACACCGAGUCAGCCUCUGUUAACUAUGCUCAAACAUUUCUUCUUAAAUUCCUAAAAACUUAGAACUUACCUACGUAAAAUUCCUACUGUGGUCAAAGAAACUUUGAUAGUGUAUAAAACCAGCCUUCGUUUACUUUUAAAGAUGCUGUAAAGUCCGUUCUGCGCAUAUGUUCUGCGCAUCAACACAUUCCAUCAAUGGGGGAGCAACCUUCGGAAUGUUGUCAAUAUUUCGCACCUUCCGAACUUUCUUGAAUUGAAUCUCUAGUCUGCAUUCAUUUACAAGCAUAGCGAACCAGAAGAGUGUUCAAAAUUCAGUAUAAUAUAUAUCUAAUCAUAUUUUACAACUGUAGCACUGAGUUCAAAAUGUAAACAAAGCGUUUGUUUACAUUACGGACUUUACAUCACCUUUAAACUGAUUUAACGUAAAAACAGGACAGUUAUUUCUUACCUUUCAAACGCUAUGGCCAUCAUGGUGAAUACUGAGGAUGCCGCAACGAGAAUGGUUGUUUGUUGCGUCAUCUUCCCCAUGGUUUCACUGAAAGGCCAGCGACCGUUGCAUAUCUCCAUCGUCAGCAAACCAGGCACAGAAAACAGGACAAACAAGAUAUCAGAUAGGGACAGAUUGAGAAGCAAUACGUUUGUUGCGGUAUGCAUCGUACGGUUCAUGGCCAUUACAAGGAAAACCAUGAAAUUACCUAAGAUGAAGAAGAGGCGUUGCUUGUUAACUAUAAUCGUAUAUCGUGCAUGCAAAUUUGGAAGACUAGGUUGAAUAUUUGCUUAAAUCAGUUGUUAAACGAUGUCGUAAGAAAGACCAAGUGACUUAUUAAGCAAGUUCUUUUGUCGUGAAGUUGAACUGUGCCUAUAAUAUAUGUGUUCUCGCUUGUGUUGUUUGCCUUUCAGUAACCCUAGUUGCUUAUUCGUAUACUCAGCAAAUAGACCUUUCCCCUUUUAAGUGAAAUUUUGAUCUAGACAAGUCUGCAUGGGCAAAAUGUUCGCCACAGCUUGAAAGAGCAUCACAAAAUUAGUAAUACAGUCCAAAAUUUAGCUGUUGCGAAAUGUUGUAAAAUGCGGAUAUAGCCCUGCGAAAUUUGCCGUUUUUCAGUCAUUUUGUACUACAAAUGGGAAAUUGAUAAUCAGUUUGAUCAUCUGAUUAUCAAUUUCCCAUUUGUAAUGCAAAAUGACUGAAAAACGGCAAACUUCGCAAGGCUAUAUUAUCCGCAUUUUACAACAUUUCGCAACGAAACUUUAGAAUAUUACUAAUUUUGUGAUGCUCUUUCAAGCUGUGAUGAAAAUUUUGUCCAGACUUGUCUAGAUCAAAAUUUCACUUAAAAGGGGAAAGGUCUAUUGGUAAACCUACCUGCCAAAGCAAUGAUUGAGACAAUACUGUACACCGUUGAAUAUGCGACUAUUUUCGCAGUGCUUGAAUACAAGUCAUACGUCCAAGUAGAUGUUGGAUUGUCCGUCGCCGACCCAUUUGUACAAUUAAAAUUGUGUAAAGUUAUGUUGAAAUGCGAUGCCGUUGUGAUGUUGGUGGUAUUGGGACAGGUUAUGUUACUCAUUUUUGAGAACGACUGACUCUCGUUGCUUCUUGUAAAACCUUUCCUUCUAAAAAACAAAUCAACGUUUCCUGGCGAGAGGCGUUCUUCUUUGUUUCCGUUGCAAAAAUCUUCCUGUGCGAUUCUUUAAAAAGGAAAAAGCGUUUCUGCAAGACGAUAGAUUCCCCUUUGCGUCUUGUAAAGCUAAAUUAAAGUCGUCUUCCUUUAUGCCUCUUAAUAAGAGAAGAAGGUGAAACUGUGAUUUCUUACGUGCGGCGCUGAAAGCUACGCGAGCUACCUUCUACAAUUCCAGACACCCUUUUGAAUCAGCAAUAGUCCGAAUCCUGCGGCGAUUACUAAAUUGUCUUCAACUCUUCAGCUGUCCUUUCGCUUUUGGUUGGCCUAAAAGUAUGAAUGAAAAGAAAUUUAUAUAGAAAACCGUAUUUCUUAGCGAUUUGGUAGUAAGAUGGGAGGAAGAUGAUCGGAUGGCAAAACUCUACAUUAUACCUUUCAAGGAUAGCAAAUAUAUAUAGGGCAGUGGAUUUCAUUUCACUCGCAGAGAUAAACCGUAAACCCUUAGUGACCAUGCAUAAUCUGUGUAUAUUUCGUUUUGAAACCACGCCUUCCAAUUUUCCUUAUCCACUCAGAGCAAACUGUUCCUUUUGCAAAUUCAUGUUCAACGAAUGGUUGUACUGAAAUGGGUAUGGCUGGGUUUUUUUGUUGCUACAAAAAUUUUUUGUCCAAAACAAAUAUGGUUUCAUAUAGUUCCAGAAAAAAGAAAAAUUGAAUGACUCAGUUUCAAAAAGAUAAGAAUGUUUGCAUUGAAAGAAAAUACAGUUUUAGGAAUCGGCGUUAUUUCGCAGAGGAAAGGCUUUUCGGCAUGCAGAAAAGCAUUCUUUAGGAAUGUUGGAACUGUAUAUACUGUAUAUAGCAACAAGUAAAAGAAAUACACUCGAAGAUAAACGAUACACGUAGUUUAUAUCAUGCGAAUAUAAGGAAGCAGUGUAUAUGUUCUAGAGACUUGGAAAAUGGUUUGAAACGUUUGAAAGAACCCGAUGAAAAUACACAGAAGGGAAUGUUACGUUCAGCAGAAGAAUUGACGAAUGCAUAUGGGAAAGAAACGUUUGAAAGAACACGAUGAAGAUACACAAAAUGCAUCGAAUGUACAUAUACGUUGAGCAGAAGAACGAAUGCAUAUGGGAAAGAAAGAGUCAAAGUGGCAGCAAGCACGAAUUGUGACAUAUAUCCAAAGGAUUAUUCGUAUUUAUAUAUCGCAGUUGAGAAUCCACUAUUAAAGGGCUAUUGAUACAUUUUAAGGCAUAUUUAUCUUCAUAUGUAAUUGCAGUUCGCACAUGUUACCUUUGAAAAGAAAUUAACUUGGAUCUUGAUGAAUGCUGAAACUUUUACUGAGAAACGUCUUGAGGAUAUUUGACCGUUAAUCAGGCACGCUCUUUCGCCGCUGCCAAGUGAGCAUUUGUGACACGCUUCUUUGCUACGAAACAUAAUAAAUCAAAACUCAAAUAGAAUCCAAUUAAAGCUCUUUCGCGAAAUGAAUGAUUUAGAGAAAAGUGUUUAAAAAUAGUAAAUCUCAAUUACCCUUGCUAGUGCCGGUGCUUUGUUAAUUAUGCCACUUUGAUGUAAAAUGCACGGGUGCUUUGUUGCUGCCAAAGCUAUCGACUUAACAUUAAUCAAAAGGGCUUAUUCAACUAAUGUUUGUCGAUUGUCUGUGUAUUUCAUUAUUGGCUUGUCACAUGCACGUCAAAAGGGAUAUAUUUUACUUAAAUUUAAGAAAUGCAAUUUCGUUUUUGCUGCAAGUGGGCUAAUUGCCAUUGGUUAAAUAUUUAUGAGUAUAAGUAAGUCUUUUUCAGGUACUUCGGACACAAAUCACGACAGUUGUAUAGAACACUACCUACACUGGACCACCACGUUUGAGAUAUCUUUUUCAUGCAGGUAGUUCAUGGACACAAACCACGGUAGCUUAUUGUAGAAUAUUAUACCUACACUGGACCACCACGUAUAGUAGGAUUUAAGUAAGAUUUAGGCCAUAUUGACAUUUUUCAUUUAACAUCGCGGACACAGUAUAUAUAAGACUGACAGCUCUAUAAUUUUAAACCCUGACAGAUUUAGACCCAAUUAUAUAUUAACAUUAUUGGCACAACCUGCACUGGCACAGACAGUUUAGACCCAAUUAGCAUUUAGAUUUCUUGUCUGGACAAGCUUGUCAACAAAAUACUUUUCUAUAGAUAGUGUUUAGUAAAGUAUGUGAUUGAUUGAAGUGCAUUGAACUACGGCCAUUAAGCUAGCUUGAUACACUGGAUAUAGUGAACAAUAUCAGUUCUAUUAAACCAUAUCAGGUCUCCAUAUCAGUUAACCACAUCAGGUCUCUAAUAAUAAACCAUAAGAUUGAUAAAUCGUACAGAUUAUAUUAUAUAAUAUAUAUAUAUAUUAUAUAAUAUAUAUAUAUAUAUAUAUAUAUAUAUAUAUAUAUAUAUAUAUAUAUAUAUAUAUAUAUAUAUAUAUAUAUAUAUAUAUAUAUAUAUAUAUAUAUAUAUAUAUAUAUAUAUAUAUAGUAUUUCAUAAUUUGCAGACCGCGCGCAGGCACAAAGAUAUUGCCUGCCGCGGCUGGGUUUUGAACCCGCGACCUUCGAAUUACUAGAUCGACGCUCUACCAACUGAGCUACACGGUCAGACGGAUUUAAGACUGGAAAUUAUGAACUAUAUACUGAAUGUCAAUGUAAUUAUGAACUAUGUAUGAAUAUAUAUAUAUAUAUAUAUAUAUAUAUAUAUUAUAUAAUAACAUAUAAUAUGGUAGGCAGUAUUUAAGUUUCGAUAUACAUUGUAUGUGCAAAACAUAUUGUAAAACGUCUGGAGAUUAUCAUUCAUGCUUUACCCAAGUAAUAAUUAUAAACAAACCUUUUGUGAUAUUAAAUCCAACUAAAUCUUCAAUUUCGUUGUAUAAUUACAUUUUUCGCCACAAUAAUUUUUUUGUUUCAUUUAUACCAAGGUCCAAGCUCUUGCUUUUAUGUAUAUAAGCUGACUUCCCUGACGUUGUUCAAGUUUUCACUUGUAUUUUUGAUUUCUGGCCAAUUAUGUUUGAAUAUGUUAUAGUACUGCGACGAUUAUAAAUUAACCAUAAGAUUGAUGAAUCGUACAGAUUUAAUACGCCGUGUAAACGACUUGCCAAAACGCAUUAAAUUUGAAAAGCGCGGCACCUCUUUUAUGCUGCGUGCGUGGAUACCUUAUAACAAUGGACCUGAUCGAAAUUGAAAAUGAAUCUAAAAAUAAAAUAGCCGUAUAGUUGGACUAAAAUGUGUUUCAAAACAAAUGCCAUGCAAUUUACAAUCAAGUUUCAAAUGGUUUCUUUUUGGAUGGUUGACUCGCUUUAUAUGGUAGCUAGGCUACAUAAACCCGUUAAAAACACAUUUAUAUAUACUUCUGUAUUUUGCUUUUUAAAGAAGUUAAAAUACGAGUCAUGCAUGCACUGUAAUAUUAAUACAAGCUUUGAUGCGUAUGUUUUAAACUUUCCAGUCUCAACUAUAGCUACAUUGAUCUUAUGAUUCAAUUGUAUCAAAAUAUCAACCCGUUUAUAAAAACACAUUUAUAUAUACUUCUGUAUUUUGAUUUUUAAAGAAGUUAAAAUAUGCGCCACUGUAAUAUUAAUAUAUACAGACUUUGAUGCGUAUGUUUUGAAUCCAGUCUUAACUACAUGUUAUGAUUCAAUUGCGUGCAAAUUAUCCCUACGCGUCAUUUGAUAAUGCGCAGUCAACGCUACAGAUAAUUCUAUUUGUUUUCUAUGUUCGCUUUCGGAGAAAAAUUGCGUGAAAACGUGUACAUACUUGUUUUACCAAAACGUAAAAAAAAGUUUCGAAAUACAUAUUUCAGCUGUUAUAUUUAUUGCGUUAUAAUCGCGUUAUCCUUCGCGGCACUUUGUUGUUAAAAUUAUAUUUUAAUUUUGCCGUUCACAUUAAUAGCCUUACCACGCAUGACCGCUUUGGGCUAACAUCUGUCUUAAAUAGUAAAAAAGGAAAAAGUGUGAAUAUAACACUAGAAAUUUUAUUCAAAAUCAUUAUACUAUGAAAAUAGUAUGGAUCUAUAUAGUUGAAAGUAGUAGUAUGGAUCUAUAUAGUUGAAAGUAGUAUAUAUGGAAAUCCAAUUUUCAUAUAUCUAUAUAGUUGAAACUUGAAAGUAGUGUGGAGAUCCAAUUUUCAUACUUAUAUAGUAGGAAAUAGUAUGUAUGUUAGUCUGGAAAUAGUAUGUAAAAUUAGUCUAACAUGCAAGUUGUCAAUUGCAUCACUAAUCCAUAUAGUAUAUAGUAUAUAUAUAGUAUAUAUAUAUAUAUAUAUAUAUAUAUAUAUAUAUAUAUAUAUAUAUAUAUAUAUAUAUAUAUAUAUAUAUAUAUAUAUAUAUAUAUAUAUAUAUAUAUAUAUAUAUAUAUAUAUAUAUAUAUAUAUAUAUAUAUAUAUAUAAUAUAUAUAUAUAUAUAUAUACUAUAUGGAUUAGUGAUGCAAUUGACAACUUGCAUGUUAGACUAAUUUUUGAUCUAGGAAAAAAUUUCCGUAAAGAACUUAUUAAAAUUAGUAAAAUUGCAAAAUUUGGUUACGAAAUGUUGUAAAAUUCGGAAAAUAAUAGCCUUGCGAAUUUUGCAUAUUUUGCACCAUUUUUGAGCCGAAAAUGGUAACAAUUCCGCACGCCUAAUACUACAAACAUAUACAAAAUUUGCAGUCAUAUUUUCCAAGCUUCACAACAUUUCGCAACCAAAUUUUGCAAAUUUACUAAUUUCAUUAUGUUCUUUUUAGCUGUGGCGUUUGAUUCCCUUCUCUUUACUUAGAUUAAAAUUUAGUGUAACAUGCAAGUUGUCCAAAUUCCAUAGUAUGAAUCUCACUAAUUUUUUUCCAGUGUAAGUAUUUUGAUAGAAAAUCAUGUCGUGGUUUGAUGAUUUGUUCAUCAACUAGCUUUAAGACAAAAUAAUUAAUGCAUGUUAUGCUAAUUUUGCCGUCUUUGUUUCAGUAUGGCGUGGUGAACACGGAUGAGGACAUGCUUUAUAUAGAACCACUUGUCAAUGACUCUUACGUCGACAAAGAUAAACUCAAUGGAACUGGUAGACCUCACUUGAUCUACAGACACAGUCAGCUGCCAAAAUAUGACCUAGGAUUUGAUGGUCUGGAUCUCACUAGGAUAGGUAAGUCAUGUAUGGUAAUUGGAUGAUUGAUUGGUGGUGCCACUACCGUAGGAAGCACUUUUGUAUUGGGGGGGGGUUGAUUGGUUAGGGGCGAUUGGAAGGUCGUUAUUUCCCUCUCAAAUUUUACAGAUUAUCGCUAGUUUACAUUGUAUCAAAUAACCUGCAGCCCCCUCGGUUGCUAUGGCCCCUAACGGGUGAGCAUUACGCCACUGCAUGCAACAUGGAACGCCAUGUGUCCAAAAAUUAUUUAACGUUAAUUAUAUCAUGAUCAUGACUAAAAAUGUCAUAUAUAAAUAAUUGAUAAACGAACAGAUAUUAUAUCAAAUAAUGACUUAUUCGUUUUUGUCAUUAUUUGAUAUAAUGUUAUUAACAUUAAGCAUUAUAUCAUGUCAUGAAUUUUCGUUAAGUCAUGAUAUGAUAUCAUGACAUUUCGAAAAAGUCAUUAUAUAAAACCACGAGCAUUUGUGUAAGUCCUGAUUUGAUAAUUGAUACAAUGUUGUGCGUUACACUGUGAUAUCAAAUAUUGAUUCAUGAUAUGAUAUAAUGUAAAAUAACUUUUUUUAUUAUAUCAUAUAAUGAAACAGCGCUGAAAAGUCAUUAUUUAAUAUAAUGCAAUAGCGUAGUGCGCCAUCUGUCCAAAAAUUAAAAACUGUCCAAAAAUCAAUCAUACAUGUGACGUCACAAUGUAUUUUAUUUUUUGACGUGCUAUACCAACUCAGGCAUGACACAGAGGUUAGCUGAACUUUGUUUUAAGAUACAAAGGUCUAUGUGACUAUGUCACCCACUGAAAUAUAUUGUCAAGUAUUCUGCAUGAAAUCAUUGUUAGACACUGUUAAUUUAAAAUGUGGGUUAUUAAGACCUUUACAAGUGCCUUCAAAAUGCAGGUUGGAAAUGCCGUUUCAGUGACCCAAAAUUCUUUGUUUCGGAGGAGCAUGCCCCCAGAUCUUCCUAGAAUUGUGAUUCACAAAUUAUGAAGUUGCUCCCCCCUCUCCGCAAUUAAAACCCAGGUGGCGCCACAACUAUUCCUGUUCUGUUCCACGUAGAGCCGGCAAACUCCAGACAGACAUCGAGACGAAGAAAUAUUCAAUUCAGCUUCCUCACGUUUAUCAACAGAAGUGGACGGAUGAUUAAGGUAUGAUACAUGAUUAUAGUUUCGCCCAAGUUAAUAUUUUGCCUAAGUUUUACGCCUGUUUUCUGAAAGCUCAACUCACACUCCUACUCAAAGAGUGGAGGUUCAAUCUGAGCAUCCUUGAGUGUCAGUGCUGUUUUUGAACAGCUGUAGGGUGAGUAUAGUCACAUAUAGUAAUUAGGUACCACACUAACGCCUGUAUUCUGAAAGCUCAACUCACACUCUCACUCAAAGAGUGGAGGUUCAAUCUGAGCUUCUCUUGAGUGUCAGUGCUGUUUUUGAAUAGCUGGAGGUUUAGUUCCAUACCUUACUAUGUGACUACUUACCCUCCAGCUAUUCAAAAACAGCAUUGACACUCAAGAGAAGCUCAGAUUGAACCUCCACUCAUUGAGUGUGAGUGAGCUUUUAGAGAAUUAGAGUACAGGCGUAAUCCUCCAGCUAUUCAAAAUGAAAAACUGUGUUUUAACAAGUCUGUUGGUGGCUUAUUUUUUAUGUGAAUCAAAGUUCCGAAGAGAAUUUCCUGUUAAAGUAUCUUCUAUAUCAUUUUGAAUUCUUUCAUCUCGAUUUAGUUAAUGUGGGUAGACAGAAGGAAAAAGCGUACCUAUUUUGCCUCGUUGAUGCCCGGAACUUCAAGAAAAGUGAACACUUUCACUUCACACAGAUGGUUGGCUGUAGACGAGGAAACUGAGCAAGUACUGUUGGUUGGGAAUAAACAAGAAUAUAGUCCUAGGAAGAAUAAGCAGACAAGAAGGACGAACGUUUUUAUCACGUUACCACGUAAGUAAAGGAUAUAGCAACAUAAUUUUUUGUUAUUUCAUUUGGAAGAACUUUUAAAAUCAUAAGUAAAUCUCCUUUACCGAUUUUGCGUAACUUUAUUAUUUCUUGAGAUAUUUUGACAGAAAAAAAACACAAAUCAGCGAGCAUUCCGCCAUCUUGGAUUUUGGCGGAUGUGCAUGUUACGUCAUAAGCAGGGUCACGCAAGUAUUUUAUCCAGAGAACAAUUGCAUGGUUAUUAUGAGCUCAAAAUCGUGCUUCGGUAACUGUUUCAAAUAAGAAAGUGACUGACAACUUUUCAAACAAGACUUACUGUUAUUUGGUCAUUUAGAUGUAUAGUUUUAUAUGGCUAGCCACGCUUUUGACGUCACUAACAUCACCGAUAAUGACAUAAAAAUGUAUCCAAGAUCCCACCGGGCACACGACGUUGUUUCAACGUUGAAAUUUGGUAGAAAAAAGGUUGCGACGUCGACAACCUAAUAUCUACGUUGCUCUGACGUUGUUUUACAAACAUUGGUUCAACAACAGCCAACAGACGUUGAAUUAACGUUCAUUCAUGGUUAAAUGUACGACGUCGAUUUGUGAACCAAUCUCAACGUUGUUUUAACGUGGAUUCAACGUUGAAUUAUGGUUGACGAGAUUGGCAACCUAAUUUCAACGUUGUUUCAACGUCGAAACAGUAACGUCGAUCCAACUUGCAUAGUCAACCCUUUUUCAACGUCUAUCCAACGUCUGGAAGGUCAUUUCCAACGUUGGAUAAACGUCAUUUUGCCCGCUGGGAUGGCGGACAGCUAAUUAUUUUAAGGGAUUUUGUUGCCAUUCCAAAAUUAUUGAUUACAUUGCCAUGAAAUUCCACAUGAUAAUAGUUCUGCACCAGGGCUAUUUGCACUACACGUUUGGUGGCCGCAUGCAAAAUACUUGCUCGAAAAUCAAGGCGUACUUUCGUCUGCGCUGGUAUAUAUAUAUAUAUAGAGUGAAAUUUUCUGAAUUUUUAAGUUAAUACAUGCAUAACUCUCGAAAUUUCAACCAUCUACAAUGGGCAAUUCCAGCUGUAGACUAAAUUUUGAUCUAGACAAGACGAACAAAAUCCAUCACAAGAGCUAGAAAGAGCAUGGUAAAAUUAGUAAAAUUGCAAAGUUUGGCUGCGAAAUAUAAUUGUAAAAUGCGGAAAAUAUAGGCCCUGCGAAAUUUGCAAAUUUUGUAUUAAUUUGUAUUACGGGCGGGAAAGUGCACCACAUUUGGGCCGAAAGUGGUGCAUUUUCCCGUGCGUAAUACAAAUUAAUACAAAUUUGCAAAUUUCGUAGGGCUAUAUUUUCCGCAUUUUACAACAUUUCGCGACCAAACUUUGCAAUUUUACUAAUUUUAACAUGCUCUAUAUACCAUGAAGCUUUGGUAAUGGAUUUUGUUCUUCUUGCCUAGAUCAAAAUUUAUUGUCCAUAGCUGCAUGAAUCAUCUAUUAGUUAUAUCGAGUGUAUAGAUGCCCAAAGUCUUUAUAUUUGCCCAUGUUUGUGGUUAGAGCACGACAACUGGCCUGUGUAGCUCAGUUGGUUAUUAUUUUGUUGCAAGGUGGAAUGAAAUUGCUUCCAACAAGCGAGAAAGAAAUCCGUGCCAAAAUAGGAAAGAAAUACAUCGAGUCGAUGACCGUCGCUGAUAAAUCUGUUGUUAAAUUCCAUGGGAAGGAAAGAGUGUCACGUUAUGUACUCGCCUUGAUGAAUAUGGUAUGCUGCAUGUACUAGUAAUUCAUUAAUUCAUUAAUUCUGCUUGCCAUUUGGGCAUUUAGCUCCAUUAAUAAAUACUAGAUAAAACAUGAGCAGCCGAUCUGUAUCUGAUAUACAAACUCGAGCCGAACUAAAGUAAUUUAAAGUAAUUUUAAAAAUAAACAUUGUCUGUGCCGAGAAAAUCAAAGCUGAAGUUUAUGUAAAUCAGGACAAAUCUUUAUCCGAUUUACAAACAUUGAUUAAACAUUCAUUUCUUUUGUAUUUUCCUCGUGAAUUAUUAAUGAAUUUUUAAAUUAUAGUUAUUAAUUAUAUCAUUGGUAAUUAUAUCACACAGUAGACAGAGAGUCAGGCUGGCAUUCAAACUUAGUAUCUGACUCAAUCAGAUUGCCUAGCAAAAAACGAUUUACUAUUUAAUAACUUACAUGUUUCCUGUUUGUUGCUGUUUGGCCAAUUUUUUUAUAUUAUACACCGUCUGAUUCAUCUUCCACCAUUAGCAUGCCUUUGAACGUUUCUAAUAAACUGGUAAUUAAUAAAACAAUCGGAAUUAAGAUCUUUAUCCUUCACUGAAUUGUAUUUUGUGUUGCUAUAAAGUUAUAAAAUUUAUAAAUGAGUUUAAUUGGUCAAAAUGAUUGAAAGGUUAACUUUAAAUGGAUGUGAUAUACUCUUCACCAUUUAUUUGUUGCCAGGUUUCAUUCAUAUUCAAACACAAAACGGUUGGAUUUGACAUUAAUUACGUUCUUGUCAGAAUUGUCUUGUUACAUAAAGAUCCGGUGAGUUCUUCAUGUUCAAAAGGUUUUACAUAUACUUUUCCUAUGGGGUGUGCUUACAGUGUUGCUGUGUUUAUUCUACAGUUUGUUUAUUUUUUUCGUUUGUUGUUUUGUUAUAAAUUUGGUUGGUUUAUCACUUUGCUUGUUUCUUCGUGUUUUUUGUUAGCUUGCUUGCUUGUGUAUGUUUGUUAGUUAGGUUUGUUAUUUUGCUUGUUUCGCGUUUGUUGUUUUAGUGUCUAUAUGUUUUGUAUCCAUGUCUGUUCGCAUGUUUGUUUACAUUAUUUUCUCAUCUUUAUUCACCGAAUAGGAAGGUGUAGUGCUACAUAGAAGUAACCCAAACAAGAGUUUGUUAUCAGCUUGUGAGUUCAUGUACAGGAUAAGACAAGGCCGAACAGAUGACGACCCAAAGUUUCAUGACCAUGCAACAUUCUUGACAAGGUAUGUACUGCUGCUGUCUGUAAUUAGCCAUUCCGAAGUUGAUGAGAGGACUGGGGACGAGAGUUAAAAAGUGCCCAAAUUAAGAAAUGAACCAAAUGACUAAAAAGACCACCCCAAAAUUAGUAACACCACGAACAAAAUAUUAUUGGCACUGAUGAAGAUCCGGGCUUACGGAUCGAAAGCUUUGCAGUAAUAAAUUUACGUGGUGUUUCCACAAACAAAAGUAUUAUAAAUUUCAUUUUUACUACAAUUGCACAAAGUUUCAUGAUGGUUUUUUUCUUAUUUUCAUUAUAGAAAACAGUUUGGUACUGCUGGUAGGUAGUUUCAAUUAUCUUUCUUCAACGCCUGAAGUAGUUAACGUUUUAUCUCAUACCCACGUAGAAAUAUAAAUGUGUUCGCACUGCUUGUUCCCAGUUAUUGAGAAGUCCGGAAGAAAUUGUUAUCAUCUUGUAACAAGGUCUAUGAGGCCAACAGACUCGCAACGAGUUGUUCCAAUAGAGACAUUCAACCAAUUCAACCAGUAUGCUAGUCCGAUUUUAUGACGGUAACGCGACGACGACGGCCAAAACAAACUCCUUCAAAUAAAUGGUAGUAAAGAUAAUUCGUCGUAUAUUUCAAUCGUAUAUGAAUUUAAUACAGUCUUAGAAGUUGAAGACAUGGGUUUUAUGGUUGGGAAGAGUUCUGCUGAACCCAGUUUGAAGUUGCACUUGUUGCGGCUUGAAAUUCAGCCGUUGUAUCAAGACGUGAAAAUCUGUGAUUUGGUGUUGUAAACAGAGCGAGGACAAUGUCUAAAUUAUUCAUAUAUUGUAAUUAUUCAAUUCAUUUCAAUGAUUUAUUGUAUUGGUAGCCGUUGUCGUCGCAUUAUUGUCCUAAAUCGUAAGGUCUCUAAUAUCGUCUGCACGUAACAAGUUGGUGAAAACAAGCUUGUUACAAACAGUCUGUGUUAUUAGUCUUGUUGGGACAACUUGUAACAAAGUGAUAACAACUUGUUCCAGACUUGUCACAACAACUGGGAACAAGCAGUGCGAACACAUCCUGACAUCGGCUUGACAACAACCGUGUUACAACUUGUGUGCAGAUCUAUAACAACUUGCACGUUUUUACGUAUGUACAUCUAAUGUCAUCUCUUCUCGUUUUGUAUAGCUGGCUAUGCCCCUGUCUACGGGAUGUGUCAUCCGGUGAGAAGUUGCUCUCUGAAUCAGGAAGAUGGUUUUCCGUCCGCAUUUAUAAUUGCUCACGAAGUUGGUCACUCGUAAGUACUCAUUCCUUCAAUUCAUUAGGCAGAAUUCAAAUUGAUCAGUUCAAUAUCAGGAGAAAAUAAACAAAUUUCGUAUUGGUUCCUACUUUGCUCAGCUUCAGGAAAUACAGUUGGAAAAAAGUCUCCUGGUUUGCCCAUUUCCUUAGCGGGAAAUAUGGCUAUAGGAAACAAUGUUUUCUGGUUUUCCAACUUCGGAAUAUAUGACUAGGAAACAAUGUCCUAGGGAAACAAUGUUUCCUGUUUUGCCCACUAUCGGAAAACAUGAUUAAUUUCCUGGUUUGUCCACCCAUAGGGAACAUGGCUAGUGAACGAUGUUCCUUGGUUUCUCCUCCUUCAGAAAACAUGGCUAGGAUACAAUGUUUCCUGGUUUUCCCAUCUUCGGAAAAUAUUGUUAACGUUUCCUUUUUUUGUCCACCUUUGGAAAACAUGGCUAGGAAACAAUGUGUCCUGGCUUGGAAACAAUGAUUCCUGGUUUUCCACCUUUAGGAAACAUGGCUAAGAAAUAAUGUGCUAGGAAACAAUGUUUCCUGGUUUGUCCACCUUUGUGAAAUAUGGUUAGGAAACCAUGCUUUAUUGUUUCAGAAAAGCAAUAUUUGGUAGUUUGUUUAAGCUAAGGAUUAAUCAGGCAUGUAUGUAUUAAUAUAUAUUGUCACGAUCUUAAAUUUUUGGUAUAAUUUAUUCCAGGCUUGGCAUGGAACACGACGGGGAAAGAAACAGGUGUGCUUCUGUAACAAGUCACGGUAGCAUCAUGGCGCCUCUUGUUCAGUCCAGAUUAGGCCGUUUUAUGUGGUCUACGUGUAGUCGUAAAGAACUUAUGGGCAGUAUCAGGUAGGACGGAUGAAAGUCUUUGUUUUACCAAAUAGUGGCCACAGGGAAGUCUUCGAGCUUGCGUUUUGGUAUGGUAUCGUCAUGUGUAUCCAGAAAUAUUUUUACGAAACCUUGCUAGCUUUUCUCUCGAACGUUUAAGAAAAUAUAACAUCAGGGAAAGGAAUUGUUUGCCCUUGAGAGAAAGCGAAUCCAGAAUACGAAGGAUGUGAAGUUUUUGUUUUUUUAUGAAACAACCUUAAGUCGGAUUAAUGUAACGAUCGAGGGAACUUGAGCUUUUUAAGUUAUCUAGUAUGAAGGUUCACAAGCAUGGAUUUGCUAGGUGACCAAAUGUUUGACCAAUUUACACGGUGCUGUAUCGCCAAUUAAAACCAGUAGUGAGUAAUCAUUGGCCGUUUUUAAACUAGAGACGCAUAAUGGGUCUGGACGAACUUGGGCAAGCAUUUGUUGUUCGUCUGGUUAUGCGUCCUCGGGCAGAAGACGCAUUAAGCGUCUGGACGAACUAUGUUCGAUUCUUCGUCUUAAGAGACGCACAACCGAUAAUAGUUCGUCCAGACGCAUAAUGCGUCUUGUGCCCGUCUUUAUACGGAGGACGCAUAACCAGACGAACAAUAUAUGCUGAUAGUUCGUCGAAUUAUUCGUCCCGUCUUUAUACUAAACGAAUAAUAUAGAAGACGCAUUAUGCGUCCAGACGCAUAACGCGUCUCUAAAAACGGCCAUUUUCACAAUGUUUUUUCUCCAGGAAUUUUAUCUGCCUGAACGACAAACCUGGCAAAAAGCACAAGGAAGAUCUGCCAUUCAUACACAGAUAUCCUGGGGUUCAUUACUCGACUGACGAUCAAUGUCUGUUUGAUUUCGGCAAGGGAUACAAGUCCUGCACGGUUGUAAGUAUUAAGAUGUUUGAGUGCUCUGCUCGAAAGUACAUGGCGAAUGGAUGAUUGCAGGUAUAGACAAAAUUUUGAUCUAGACAAGAACAACGAAAUCCAUUGCCAUAGGUGGAAGGAGCAUCUUAAAAUGAGUAAAAUUGCAAUGUUUGGUUGCGAAAUGGUGUAAAAUGAGUGAAUAUAGCCCUGUGAAGUUCGCAAAUUUUGUAUAUAUUUGCAUUACGCCCGGGAAAAAUAACCAUUUUCACCGCGCGUAAUACAAACAUAUACAAACUUUGCGAACUUCACACUUCACCAGACAUUCCAACUCUCCCGAUUUUACCGGGAGUCUCCCGAAAAUUCAUGCAAUCUCCCGGUCUCCCGAUUUUUAUCAAAUUCUCCCGAUUUAUCAGAAUAUUCAGGAAAUAUCAUAAAAAAUGAUAAAUAUACUGUUUUUAGCAACAUAAUAGUCUGUCUUGACCUUUUUGAAGUUGCUUUAUGGCAAUUUAUAGGAUCACUUAUAACAACAUAUUCCCAAAAUGCAGGAAACGCCAUUUCAGAAGACUUAAUUUUUAUUAUUUUCCCCCAGAAGAACUAGAUUUCAAUUCACUGAACAGUCUCCCUAAUUUUUACCUCCAGUGGUUGGAAUGUCUGCUUCACAGGGCUAUAUUUUCUUCAUUUUACAACAUUUCGCAACCAAUCUUUGCCGUUUUACUCAUUCUAAGACGCGCUUUCUAGCUGUGGUGUUGGAUUUCUUCUUGCCUUGAUCAAAAUUUAGUCUAUAGCCGAUCGCAAAUCUUGAUUUGAUGGCCUUGAUCGCAAAUCUUGAUCUUUGCAAAUCAAAGAAUUGAUUUGAUCGCAAAUCAAGGCGAUUCUUCAAUCUCGAUUUGAUCGCAAAUCUUCAGUGAUCUUCGAGUGCUUUGCAGCCUGUGCUCCCAACGUUCAUUUUGAAACAGAUCGAGACUAAACUAUUAUGAAGAGUAAAUAAGUUUGACGGUUGACUCUGAAUUUUUAAAUUAUUUAGUUCCGUCGCGAUCCAUGCCGAGUACUCUGGUGCAAUAUGCCCUCGCCUUACAAGCAUUUGUGUAAAAGUAUGAGAGCUCCGGCUUUGAAUGGAACUGAAUGUGGAAUAAGAAAGGUAAAGUAACCCUUAACCACCAUCAGCAUAAUCUUCACUGUCAUCAUCAUCAUGAUCAUCAUCAUCACCAUUCACCACCAUCACCAUGAGUUUGUCGGUUAACCGAGUCAAAUCCGUGCCUGCAUGAGUCAAAUGCCCGAGUCACUGUUUAGCGGUCUUUGUAGUUCAAUGACUUAGUACCCUAACCCCCUAUUUGAUUGUAAAUUUUAUUCAAUUUCGUCUUUUUUCACGUGACUCACUUUCACUCGGAUUUGACUUGGUAAAUGGAUUUACUCCACCCACCAUCCAUGAUCACUAGCAUCCCCAUGAUCAUCAUCACCUACCAAAACCUGUUUCCCUUUUACAAAGUUCCACGUCGACCUUCACACCCUGCAAAGCAUUAGUACAGAUACAGAUACAGAUACAGAUACAGAUAUUUCACAGCACACUCCCUAUCAGGGCUUUUCAGUGACUGGUUACAUUAUGAAUAGCUAGAUAGAACCGGACUGACGUGAAGCAGACCGAGGUACACUUUGAGCUUACAAAUGGCGCUUGAGCAGCCGCUAUUAGUCCAUACCUCAUUAAUGAUCUGCCUCCAGACCUAUGUGCCUAACCCACCCUGUCAACUUUCCCUGUGGGAGGAAACACGGAUUACCCGGAGAAAACCCACGACUUUCGGCAGAGCGUUGAUUUUUACUCUUUUCACAUGAGGACUGGGUUCGAGUCACAUUGAGAAGUUGUCACUGAGAUUCGAACCUGCGCCUUAGAGGUGAAAGGCAAGUGCGCUAACCACUUCGCCACCGAAACCCCAUAGUGUAAUCUUCUAUUUUACAGGCUAAUGAUUGUCCAUCUUCGAAAACUUGUUUUUAACUGUUUUACUGUUUAAAAUAUUUAAAUAUGUUUGAGGGAAACCUGGAUUAUUCAUAAUUAAGUUUGUAGACGUUCUAUGGUUUUAAAUAUUUAUUACGAGCUUUCGACUGCCAGUCUGCAGUCCAACAGGUGGAUUACAAUGACAGUGUGACAAUUGCAACGGUUUACAAUUACAUAUAGAUACAAAAUGACAAAAAAUGACCGUUCCGCCUAUAUACAUGAUUAAUGGGCGAUACAGGAUACAUAGGCGGAACUGUCAUAUUUGUCAUUUUGCAUCUAUAUGUAAUUGUAAACCGUUGUAAUUGUCACAAUCUCAUUGUAAUCCAUCCGUUGAAGACUGCAGACUAAAGCUCGUAAUAAAUAAAUAUUUAAAACCAGAGAACGUCUACAAACUUAUUAUGUUUAAAAUAUGUUGGCGCAAAAGUGUUUUUCGUUUUCCCAGCGCUUUAACUAAACUUUAGUGUUAUUUCCGUUCUAGUGGUGUAUUAGCGGUCGCUGUAUCCGACGAACGGAGACGAUAGAAAAGCCAAAAGCUAUUCACGGAAACUGGAGUGACUGGAAGAAAUGGGACACUUGCUCUCAAGAGUGUGGCUUUGGCAUUCGUACACGCAAAAGGUCUUGCGAUAGCCCGAGGUGGGUUGUGUUUAUUAUGGCAAAUAUUAGAUAGCGUAAGAUCUACGACGUCGACGCCAGCUAGGACGUCAGGGCUAAUUAAGGACGUCGUCCUAAGUAAGUCGAUAGCUCAAGUAUCUACGACGUCAAAUAUUUAGGGCGGCAAGCAGAAGUAAAUUGGUAAUAGUUUUUGAAGUGUGCAUGUGUCUCUCUCAAUUUGCUCGUCGUCCACCAAACGUCGACAACCUCACAACAAGAGUUUUACCGUCGUAAAUACAAGAGCAUAACAAACGGUAAUGGAUUCACACGGCUCUUUUAAAUUCAUUUUCAAAAGCAUGUAAAUAUUUAUAGUUUAAAUGUCUACGUCGUGAAACUUAAGUGGAAGUUUAUUAUUUAGGACGACGUCCUAGUCCCAGUCCUCUGCUUAGCUCUGACGUCCUAGCUGGCGUCGACGUCGUAGAUCUUAAGCUAUCUAUUAAAUAUCGGUCACCUCACAAAAGAACGAGCGCUGUUUUCCGGGAAGCCUGGUUUCCAUAUGGUCGGUCGUAACUGUCCCGAAUGUGUCGCCUACACACAUAAUAAUCUCACAACUUGUCAACAAGAUGCGUACGUUUGCAACAGGCUUGUAGCAAGCUUGUCAACAAGUUGUAACAAUGCUGCUAUUUUAUCAUGUUGCUACAAGCUUGUCACUCACAACUUGUUGACAAAUUGUUGAAUUGCAGGACGAUAACAAGUUGUUGGAACAACUUGUAACAAGUCUGUUGAACUCAACAACCUUGUAGCAUUUCAUGCAUGUUGUCAACAAGCCAUUGACAACUUGUCAACAAGCUGGGAACAAGCAGUGCGAACACAUCCUGUUGACAAGUUAAUGGUUGGAACAGCAUUGCUACAAGUCUGCUGCAGGUUUGUUACAACUUGUGUGUGUUUACGUGUACGUGUCGCGAACGUGCCGUGAAGUGUUUGUCGUGAAUGAUUUUUAUGCGUGUUUCCAUAUGGCUGUAGUUAAUUUCGUAUCCAGGAAUCGCACAAGCAGCUGGCGGCAGUUUUAAAAAGACAAACUGUUGCCACGCUGUCAUUUUCGUGUUUCCACUAAAAAUAACCGUUACGACACGUUUUUAACAUGACGCAACUGUCGUUGUGAUUGAACUCGAGUCUAUCUCGACCAUUGAACUAUAAAUAAACUAUAAUUAUAGUUUUAUUUAUAGUUCAAUGAUCUCGACCAGUGAACUCUAAUAAUAACGUUAUUAUUAGAGUUCACUGAUCUCGACGACAUUAUUGCAACUGUCGUGAACUGUUGCCAGCGUGUCGCGACAAGUCUUUUUUUCAUGUUUCCAUUCGGUCGUGAACAUUACUCUGACGAUAGUUGCAACACGUUCGCGAUCAUAUGGAAAUCAGGAUUGAGUGGAAGUUUCGAUGUGAAAACUGAAUACAUCCCUUUCAAACUUUUUCCCUGCUAAGGAAUUUCAAAGUUAAGUGAUCCAGAAAGGAGCAUAGGAAAAUAUAAAAUGGAGACAGUGAAAAACCUAUUGUGUCUUUCUAGACCGCGUUAUGGUGGGAAAGAUUGUGUUGGAAAUUCAACAGAGCAAGAAAUUUGCAAGAUAAAAGUACGUAAGAAGUCAUCAACGUAAAGAAAGUUUUUACAUUCUCGUUUCAUUAUCGAUAUAUCCUGAUUAUUAUUAUUUACAGGAUUGUGAACAAACAAUUCCUUUGCGCGAAAACGAAGUAAAGAAUCAAUGUGCUGUGAUUGGUAGAAAGAAGGAUCGCUACCGAACCUGGUCCUAUUACGACGAAAAUGCAGGUAGAAUGGAAUCUAUCGUCCGUCAGUAUUCUAAAAGCACACUCACACUCAAAGAGUGAAGAUUCAAUCUGAGCUUCUCUUGAGUGUCAAUGCUGUUUUUGAAUAGCUGGAGGAUGAGUAGUCACAUAGUAAAGUACGACACUAACCCUCCAGCUAUUCAAAAACAGCAUUGACACUCGAGAGAAGCUCAGAUUGAAUCUUCACUCUUUGAGUGUGAGUGAGCUUUCAGAAUACGGGCGUACAUCUUCAUCUAAUGCUGAAUGUAAUCUGCAUCUUUUUCUGAACUCUUAUUUUAUAGCACUAAUGAUUAAGUUUGCACGUGAGGAUAAAUAAAGAUGUUUAGUUUAAACUGAUGGAGCUAUUUAGUAUAAAUAAAGUUAGAUUAGUUCACGUUUCCUCCUGUAUAAAUUACUGGACCAAAACGAAAUGUAUCUUUCUCACUUUCUGGGCCUCUCUGGUUAUUAACCCCGAUAGGGUUAUAUUAGUCAGUAAAUAUAAUUAGUUAGUUUUUUUUAAAUUAAAGCCGGAUUAAAUGUACUAACUGUCAUUGCCACUAAUAAUGUUUUAUAUAGUGAAUCUGAACUGUACAUUUGAACAUAAUUUCUGUGCCUGGAUAAAUUUGAAACGAGACGAUCAACGCGAUUGGACACUGAAUAGAGGCAAAACAAGAACCUCAAAAACAGGACCCUCUGUUGAUCAUACAACAAACUCCACACGUGGUAAGUUUUGUUUGUUUGUUUGUUUGUUUGUUUGUUUGUUUGUUUGUUUGUUUGUUUGUUUGUUUGUUUGUUUGUUUGUUUGUUUGUUUGUUUGUUUGUUUGUUUGUUUGUUUGUUUGUUUGUUUGUUUGUUUGUUUGUUUGUUUGUUUGUUUGUUUGUUUGUUUGUUUAUCGAGUUUCACACUCAUUUUUGAGCAUUGAUGAGAAUUAAUUCAGCUUACCUUACUGACUUGUUUAGCUUUUUAGUUAUUUCAGGAAGUCAGCGUUUUUCAAAAUAAAUAUCAAUAGAAUAUUCUUCACGCUAGGCCAUAUGUUUCAUUUCUGCCAGAGGGCCUAUAGUUAAUAAUAAUAAUAAUAAUUUUUUUUAAUUCUCUAAUUUUCAGUCAGUAAUACCAAAACAUUUUUCGCAACUGCUCCUGGUUAGAUCUGACAAAUAUACAAAAUUUAAAUUCGAAAUAUCCAUCUACGAGAACCCUUCAACUCAGGCCCCGUUUACAUGAGACCGGGACGAAGUCAAACCGGAAUGAAAAUUGAAAUUGUCAACAUGUUUACAUGAGACCGGUACGAAGAUCACAAAAUUUUCAAUUUAUUCCCCUUUAGAUGGAUUUUGUUAGCAUGUGUUGUUCCAAUGUCAAGGUUACAGCCGAGACCGGUCUGAAAUGUGUUUGUGUUUACAUUCAUCCCGGUCUGAAUUCAUGCCGGUCUGAAGUCAGUCGGUUCGGUCCAGCAGGCGGAAUGACUUGAGACCGGUCUGAGUUAUUUUCGUCCCGGUCUCAUGUAAACAUCUAUUAUAGAUAAUACUAUGACCGAAACGAAGUGGUCCCGGUUUGACUUCGUUCCGGUCUCAUGUAAACGGGGCCUAAUCAAACUCCACACUUUUUCCACACAGGUCAAUACAUUUACUUUGAAGCCUCGAGUCCAGUAAGACCCAAAGACAAAGCGGCCAUAGCCAGCCCUGACCUAGGAGUCCGUCGCGCGUGCCUCUCGUUCUACUACCAUAUGUUUGGUAAGGGCAUGGGAAGUCUGAAAGUCGUGAGGAGCAAUGCUGCUGGUCGUAGGAUAUUGUGGGCGCGGCAUACUAAUGAAGGGGACCGCUGGUUGAAUGCUCAAGUUGAUAUUAAAGAAGAUAGCCUGUAUAAUGUAAGUCAUGAGGUGGAUACUAAGCUUCAGUAUUUGAAUAAAGGGCACUCGAGACUAUAAGGCCUGUAUUCUAAAAGCUCACUCACACUCAAUGAGUGGAGGUUCAAUCUGAGCUUCUCUUGAGUGUCAAUGCUGUUUUUGAAUAGCUGGCGCGGGUGAGUAGUCACAUAGUAAGGUACGACACUAACCCUCCAGUUAUUCAAAAACAGCAUUGACACUCGAGAGAAGCUCAGAUUGAAGUGCCAAUCGUUGAGUGCGAGUGAGCUUUUAGAAUAUGGGCGUAAAUUAUGCAAUGGUCUUAUUAUGCAUCCAGUUUCGUACGCCCAGGAAAGCAAGACCAACGUUUGCUAAUUUCUCGUCCAAUUUUCAUCUAAAUUUAACCAAAUUUUAAUCAAUUUGUCCUUGCAGAGGACUCUUAAUGGAUCUGUAGGAAGAACAGUUCAGAACUAAUAGAGCUAUCCAGUAUGAAUAAAGUUAGUUUAAUUUAGGUUUCCUCCUGUAGUAACACUAGAUCAAUAAGAGAUGAUCCUUACUGGACCUCUAGGAAGAACAGUUUAGAACUGAUAGAGCUAUCCAGUGUAGAUAAAGUUAGUUUAGUUUAGGUUUCUUUCUGCACUGAUAGUGGGGAUAAUCUGUAGUAAAUACUAUUUGCUUUGCAGCUCAUUAUCGAAGCUCAUCGUAAACAAAGCUACUGGAGUGAUAUUGCUUUGGAUGAUAUAACUUUCACAACUGGACCUUGUAGGAAAGAAAACACCAGCGAUACCCAAGGUACGAGAUGAAUGUGUUAAUAAUAAUAAUGUAUAGCGUAGUCAUUGUGUUUUCCCACAUAUAUUACUAGUUUGAUAUAAUAAUUGAUUGAUCAGAAAUCUCUCAUCUUAGAUGGAGUGAACCCUUGCGUGGUGUCGUGUGUUAAAGGCGGAUCUAGGAAGAAAAUAUUGAUGGGUAAUGUUAUCAAGAAUGGCAUUCGUUGCAACGACAACUCCGCUCUGGAUAUUUGCAUCGAUGGGGAAUGUAGGGUAAGUAAGACUUAUGUUUAAACAUUACCAUCGUUUAUACUUGAAUGUGAGUAUCAUGGAAGCCAGGAAACCUGGACGGGGUCAAGACAACCAGCAGCUUAAUUCCUCACGAAGUUCUAUCUCAUUAAUAAAGAAAAUACAUACUUUGUAUACACGCACAAAAAUGUCAUAGCGUGCCAACAAAAUAUUUUCGCAUUGCUUGUUCUCAGUUGUUGACAAGUCUGGAACAAAGUUGUUAUCACCUUGUAACAACGUUGAUGAGGCCAACAGACUCGCAACAAGUUGUUCCAACAAUUGUCUGCACGUAACAAGUUGUUCAACAAGUUGAUGGCAACAGGUUCGUAGUAACUUGCUGCGAACUGCCUGUAGCAAGUCUGUUGCCGUCAUCAAUCUUGUAACAAGGUAAUAACAACUUGUUCCAGACUUGUCACAACAACUGGGAACAAGCAAUGAGUAAACAUCCUGAUAUCGACAGCUUUAUGACAACUUGUGUGUGCAGAUCUGAAAUAGCUUGUGAAUUUGUGUAUCUGAUGCAAAAUCCUGCUAGUUCUUUUCUUCUGCUGCUAUUUUUCUCACGAAAUUUUGACCUGUUGUAACAUUUACUUUCAUCUCUGUAGAAAGUUGGUUGUGAUAACGUUCUUGACUCGGGGAAGAAGUUUGAUAAUUGUGGCGUAUGCGAUGGGGAUGGUACUUUGUGUACGCUAAAUGAAGGCAACAUAAAACGAAUCCCGAAAGAAGGUACGAUAAUUUUCAUCAAAACAUAAUAAAAGUCAUUGCUCUGUCCUUUGGGAUAGCUCUUCAAGUAGUGUACGUCACAAACUUGUUUUCAUUGGUUGGUUGGUUUGUUUUUAGAUGUGGAGAUUAUUUUGAAUGUUCCAGAGGGAUCAUCUAACCUGAACGUUAGAAAACGUUCCAAUUCCGAUAAUCUUUUAGGUAAGAGGAUUUGAUAAUCUUAAUGUUUAUUUUUAUAAACAAUGUUUUAACAACAUUAUUGGACCACAGUAUAACACUAACAUAAACUAUUCAAUGGCCCAAAAGGGAAGAUGUAAACGAAACGAACCUCACUCAAUAAUUUAUAAAAUGGAAUACUAUAUAAAGCAUGGAUACUAGUUAUAACAUAGAGCAGAACCAGUAAGCAGAAGCGAAUAUCGGACAACGACUUAUCGUAAACUAUCAUCAAUCCCUCUAUUUGAACGUUCUAUAUUUCAAAGUUUACAUUUUGACCUAUGGCAAGAACAGCCUCGCACUAGACUCCAUGAACAAGCAUAACCUGUCGAAGGGAAGAUGACUGUGAAACUCAUUAGAAUAACAGUAUAACUCAAUACCUAUGUUAGUCAAUGUUUAUUCAUAAAUCUGGUCUUUUACCGUCACGUGCGUAUUGUACUUUUGCCCAACUAACCAAUAGCAAUGUUUUAGAAAAGUUACCUAUCCGUGACUCGAACAAUAGGGAAAUUGCUAUUGGUGGAUUUGGCAAAAAUACAAUAGCACAGGUGACGGGGAAUUAGGAUCGUAUUUAUGAAUAAACGUUGACUAACAUGGACAAUGAGUUAUAUUGUUAUUCUAAUGAGUUUGACAGCCAUCUUCCCUUCGAUAGGCUAUGGUACAAGACAUAGACAAUUCAAAAGUUCUGUUUAACUCCACAAUAAAUUAGUCCUUUACAAACUUUUUAAAUUAAGAGCGCUACACUGGAAAAAUCAUUCGGUGUAGCAGUGAGCACGACGUUGUUUCAGAAUUCUCAUAAAUAAUGCAUGAACAAUCAAUAUUUUUAUUUCUUUCUAGUACUCAGUGUGCGAAAGCCAAGUGAGCCAAGUGGUGUGGAUCACAUCAUAAACGGGAAUGAUCAAGAAUCACCGUCAGCUAUUUACUACGGGGGAGGCACCCAGUAUGUUUAUACUCGUGAAUACGGAGACGAAGUUAUCAAAUCGUUGGGCGUUGUUAAGAGAGAUGUCGUCCUUAACAUAAAGGUACCUCAUUUCGCAUUCCUUUGAAAAAUUCUCCAGUGUACGAUAUGAUUUGUGAUGUUACUGAUUUGAGUGUGCAUCCACACCGGGCUAGUUGACCUCGUAGCUCAGUUGGUAGAGCAUUGGACUAGUAUCGCAGAGGUGUCGCGGGUUUGAUUCCCACCGUGGUCAGGCAAACUUUUCAGCUUGCAAUUGCCCGGUGUCACGGUGUGGAUGCACACUCAGAGUAACAUCACAAACAUCAUAUUCACCUGAGUACAUAACACCGACACACACAGAAAUUAUCUCCAGUGUCUGUUUUUCCAAAUUGCACGAGAAACAAAUUCCGAAGAAUUCUACGUUUACAGCUGUGUAUUUUUGCAGUUACCUAAUGGUAAAAUGUACUAAAUUUAUAGGCAAAGAAAAACGGUAUCCAUUCUCCAAUCGACGUGAAAUACGAAUACUUCGACACCCAAGAUGUAAAACAAGGAAAUGUGAAGAAAACUGACCAAAUUCAAGUAGUGGGUGGAGAAAGCCUUACAACUACCCCCACUCCACGAGUCCCCGUAUCCACACUCGUCCCAACGCCAAGGGUCGAAGUGACACCGGAGGUCAAACCUCGGUGGGUUAUUUUGAACGAAUGGACAACAUGUUCCCGCACUUGUGGAAAAGGUAUGUGUACUGCGGAUACCGAGGAUAUGGCGCGCAGCUCCGUCCGGGCGAAAGCCGAGUUCAGAUAUUCUCUUUGAUACUGUUCGAGCUAAUUGAAAAUUGUUAAAUAUUUUCAGGAGUGACAUUCCUCAAAUAUUUCUGCAAGAUUGGCGAGAAGGUAAAACCCAGAAUACAUUGCAAAGAUCUGGAGUUGAACGUCAAAGAAAAGUACAGAUUCUGCAAUGAACAUUCUUGCGAAAGAACGUAAGUAGAACCAUGACAGACUUUCAUUGGUCAUUCUACGUUGUCAUAGACGAGUUGUGUGCUUGAUUUACACAGUGCAACUCAAGUUGUAAGAUGUUGCAUGCGACAGUUUUACUAGGCAAACGUUGUGUAGUGUAAAUUGACCUUAAAGCACCUUUAUAAUCGCGCACUAAUUUUCUCUAGAUUUAAAUGGACGCCUGGACCGUGGAGCGAAUGCUCCAAGACGUGCUCUCUUGGUAUCAUGACGCGACAGGUCACGUGUAUCAAACUGCCUGUGAACAAGGAAGUCGCAGCCGAGCGUUGUACAGCAACGAAGCCCAGUGAUUCCAAGCCAUGUUUUUUGAAAGACUGUGAACCUACAUGGUCAACUGGAAAUUGGAGCGAGGUUAAUAAUAAUAUUUUCAAAAUAUAAAGUACUAUGCGGUCAAAUGUCCAUGAGUUCAUUAUUUUUACCUAGGCAUAUUUCAUAUUCGUUCGUAGUGUCGAAUUUAAUUUGCUCCUUCGCUCGCUUAAAAAUUCAAGCGACAGUAAAAGCAUGCGCGUGACGUCACUGAGUACAUGUUAAGCCCUGGGCAAACUAGGAAACAUUCUUGCGGAAACAUUGUUUCCUACCAAUGUUUCCUACCAAUGUUUCGCCAUGUUUCCAAGAGUGGGCAAACACUAAGAAGCAUUAGUGAGAAAUAUAGGGAAACAUCAAAUGUUUCUGAAUUCGCUAGGAAACAUUUUUGCUUCUCGGGAAGCAAAUUUUGUUUCCGCAACAAUGUUUCCAAGGGUGGGCAAACAUGAAAACAUUUGAGGAAAUAUCGAGAAUCACAAAUGUUUCCACAACAAUGUUUCCUCGUUUGCCCAGGGCUUUAGAAGAAUUUCAAAGUUGAUCUUUUUGAGUAAAAUUGUUUACUAUGUAAUAUCUUCUAGUUAUAUUAUAAAAGAAAUAGAAAAGCUCGUCUCGUGUGUUUGGGGAGAAUACGCGAGAAGCGUGUAACGCUUAUCAUUUUUCUUAAGUAGUAGUAUAUAUUCUAUUUUUCAGUGUUCUGCCACAUGUGGUCUCGGCAGUCAAACACGUGAUGUACUUUGUGUUGACCAACAAGGACAGCGUACUAAUGGAUGCGAUACAAAUAAACAACCAGAGUCGAGGAUAAAUUGUCGCAAACCUGCCUGUACCAGCCCGCCUGCAGGUAAGACAUAAUAAUUGCUGAUGAUAGACAAAUUUGGCUAACGUUCGUUUAUGCCCGAAAGGCCAAGAGGUUAAAAGAUAUUUUAAUAAAGCACUCCUACGCGUGCUUUAAAUAGUACAUAAUCAACUACCGUCAACUGAUUAGGACACAGUUUGGUCUAGUUUGGUUUGAAAUUCAUUUAAUAAGAAAUACUUAGCUACAUACUACUGUGACACAAAUAUAGAAAAAUGUGAUUCUUCAACUGAUAUCAAUAUUUUUUCCUCCAAUUUAUAGUAUAGAUUUGUUAUUAUGUGUUUAUUUCAUAGUUCGUACUUCUAUGCGUAUUGCAAAAUAGCUUGUGUGCUUAUAGAAUCGUUCAAUCUCUUUCCAAGGUUUUCCAACUCUUCCCAAACCUAUGCACUCAUGCAUUUCUUCAAUGUGCUAUAUAGAUCCACUGGACUGCGACUUUGAGAAAGAUCUAUGUGAGUGGACACAGAUGGAAGACGAUGAUUUCGACUGGCAAAGAAACCAAGGAAAAACCAAGAGCACGGGGACUGGACCUAACCAUGACCACACGUUUAAAAAUAGAUCAGGUACUUGUACGUAAUGUGUACAUAUUUGCAGUGACCUGUAUAUACACUCAGGUUAGGGACCGGUCAUUAUUUAUGGCAGGGGGUGGCACCGAAGAGAAAAGGGUUGGGUAAACAAAAUUUUGAGUAAGUAAAAGGUUGGGUAAAUGAAAAACAAAACAACUCAAGGGUUGGGUAAUAAUAAUUUCCAAAGCAAGACUCACUGAAAUAUUGGAGACUAAAAAGCAAUGUCAACAGUCAUAUGUCAAUACAAUAUGUGAAUCAAUCGGAGUCACUAUCUUGAUCACUGUUUUUCAAUUUGUUGGGAGACAAAUGGUGUCUCCAAAGAAAGUACAUGUGCAGACAACAUGAAACUUUAGUCUGCAAAAAAAUUCACAAUCUGUUAUCAAACUCGUGUCACAGAAGUGGCAAGGGACAUGUGUGACAACGUACUGAAUGGUACCUUUAUGUAAAGUUUUUGGCCAGGGGUGACUAUUUAUUUUUUAAUUGAUAUUUGAGGUUGGGUAAUCAAAUUUUUUACUUUUUAAUGGUUGAGUCAGCAAAAUUUUUGCCAUGAAAAACAUUUCUCUUCGGUGCCACCCCCCACCAUAAAUAAUGACCGGUCCCUUAGAGUUUCAUGACACUGAUAUCCCCUUUGGUGCUUGAGUUGGGAAAUUGGUAGGUUAGUACUAUAAUAAAUACUUAUUGUUGCAUGCUCAGCUGGCUAUAUAAUCACUGCAUGUAAGGUUGGAAUAUAUAAUUCUUUUUACGUGGCCCAGCUGUUGGCUUAACCAAAAUUAUUAGUUUUGAAAGGUAAAACAUAUUAGUUUUCAAAGUGUUUUGGGUUUCCGAGGUGUCGCAGUUUUAACUACGUGAUUUUCAAAGUAGAGUAACGCUCGCCUCAUAACACAAUUUUGAUCAAGGCAAGAAGAGCGAAAUCCAAUACCACAGCUGGAAAGAGCGUCUUAGAAUGAAUAAAACUGCAAAGAUUCGGUUGCUAAAUGUUGUAAAAUGAAGAAAAUAUAUAUAGUCCUGUGAAGUUCGCAAAUUUUGUAUAUAUUUGUAUUACGCGCGGUAAAAAUAACCGCUUUCGGCUCAAAAAAUGGUUAUUUUCCCCGCGCGUAAUGCAAAUAUAUACAAAAUUUACGAAUUUCACAUGGUUAUAUUUUCCUCAUUUUAAAACAAUUCGCAACCCAACUUUGCUAUUUUACUCAUUUUAAGAUGCUCUUUCCAUGCAGCUACGGUAAUGGUUUCGCUCUUCUUGUCUAUACAUCGAAAUUUCGUCUACAGGGUGUAUAAAAAAAAAGGUAAUCGAAAUUCAGCGCGCUAUUGUAUCUGGAUUACUCUGCGUAUGAACGAGAUUUUUUCACAUUCGGAAAGAUCAUGCUUUUAGCUGUUGAAUGAUAUCUUCUUCAUGCCAAAUGGAUAAAAAAAUAGCAAAUACGAAUCCGAUAAAAAUGUUAGUCAGAAUCGCAUCUUUUCACCGUUGAGAGUUGGGUCUAAAACCAUUGAAAAUGAACCCCCCUUUGGUACUUAAGUUGAUGAAUUUCACUUCAUUAAACUACGCACAUAUUCAUAAUUAUUAUUAAGUAGGAAUAAAUCUUAGCUAAGCUACGACAUGCUCGUGAUUAAUUUCUUUUUCUUUUGUUAUGCAUUGUUUUAAUUAGGCACAGAGGUGAAAAUAUGCGAUUUUGACUAACAUUUUUGAUCGGCCUCGUACAUGCUUAUUUUUUCUCCACUUGUCAUGAAAAGCAUGUCAUUCAAUAGCUAAGAGCCUGAUCUUUCCGAAUAUAAAAACCAAUUGUUCAUACGCAGAGUAAUUCACGUAUAAUAGCGCGCUGAAGUUCGAUUACCUUUUUUUUUAUACACCCUGUAUAGCUGGAUCGAAUCAUACUGGAUAUCACAAAAACCUCAUCCACUCACUGUUUAUUGUCCGUUAGGUCACUAUAUGUUCAUGGAAGCAUCGAAUCCUCAAAGGGAAGGACACCAAGCGAGACUGAUCAGCCCCGAAGUGAACGUACGACAAGCAUGCCUCGUCUUCUUUUAUCAUAUGUGGGGAAACGGUUGCGGCUCACUGAAGGUGAAGUUCCUCACAAAAGGAGGAUACAUGGACGAGUUUACUUGGGAGAGAAAAGGAGAUCAAGGACAACGAUGGAUCAAAGCCGAAGUGAAUGCACGAAUUGGUUUGACGUAUCAGGUAAUGGAGCCGGUUUAUCUUAAGGUGCAUGACAUAAAAUGUACAGCUGUUCAUAUACAACAAGCUGUUAAGGAUUGCGCAAACCACAAAUGAUUUUAGGCUGGAAAUAGACAACUUGCAUGUUAGACUAUUUUUUUAACCAGGCAAAAAAAGUAAAUUCCCGUAAAGAACCUAUUAAAAUUAGUAAAAUUGCAAAAUGUGGUUACGAAAUGUUGUAAAGUACGGAAAAUAUAGCCUUGCGAAGUUUGCAUAUUCUGUAAUGUUUACAUUUGCAUUACGUGCGGAAAUUGUUACUAUUUUUGAGACGAAAAUGGUAAUAAAUUUCGCACGUAAUACAAACAUAUACAAAAUUUGCAAACUUUGCAAGACUAUAUUUUUCAGGCUUUACAACAUUUCGCAACCAAAUUUUGCAAUUUUAAUAAUUUCAUUAUGUUCUUUUUAGCUGUGGUGUUUGAUUCCCUUCUCUUUACUUAGAUUAAAAUUUAGUCUAACAUGCAAGUUGCUCAUUACGCCAUCAAAGUUUCUGUGAUCACAGUAGGAAUUUUGCAUCGGUAAAUUCUAGUUUUGAAGGAUUUGUAAGAAAUAUCUGAGGGAACCGAUUCAGUGUUAUAGACACCGAGACAGUUCGAGAAACACGAGAAACAUUUCUUAUAAAUCCUUCAAUCCUUUAAAUUUACCUAUGUAAAAUUCCUCCUGUGAUCACAUAAACUUUGAUAUUGUAAACUAGCCUAGUAGCCUGUGGAUAUGCAAAAAGGUAAUCUAAUCAAUUAACCACUCAAAAUAUUUUUUUUUAUAUUUUGAAGAUCGUCAUAGAGGUAUCUCGCGGUCGAACUUGGAGAGGCGAUUUAGCAAUAGAUGAUAUAGGAUUCCAUCACACCAAAUGCCGAGAUAGGGUGCGUAUAGUUUGUUUAUUAUAUCAAUAUGUCGGUACUGCAUUGUGAAAACUAGUCGUGAAGGCCGUAUAUUUAACUUUGUUGUGUUUGACUGUUGAGGAAAGCGUUUGACUUGAUCAGGUUGAGCUGUGUCCUUCACAAUUCAACUUAGCACUCAGCUGCAAGUAAAGAUGAUUAGCACACAUCGACUUAUUUACGUAUUUGCAUGUUUGUUUGUUUGUUUGUUUGUUUGUUUGUUUGUUUGUUUGUUUGUUUGUUUGUUUGUUUGUUUGUUUGUUUGUUUGUUUGUUUGUUUGUUUGUUUGUUUGUUUGUUUGCUUGCUUGCUUGCUUAGUUGCUUGCUUGUUUAGUUGCUUUCUUGCUUGCUCGCUUCGGCUAGCUUUCUUGCCAGCUAGCUUGCUUUCUUGCUCACGAAAUGUUGUGUUCAAAACUUCGAAGAAUAGAAAAUAAGUAGAAUUUUCUUUUUCAGACCAUAAUAAAGCAUCUAAAUGCCAUUCACAGCGGAAACCAAGCCAGGGAAAACGAUUCAGCCGGAAACACACAACCGAAGAAAUGAUUGUUGAAAAAUUAUCAAUAAUAUGGAACAUUGAUAUUUAUUACAUUUCAGCUGAAUUGAAGACGGAGUCAUAACACCGCAUCCGUUUUGGGAAACUACGUUCUCGUAUAUAUAUUUUUAGAAGAAUUUCAAAUUUACAAAUGGUGGAGUAGAAUCUUACGAAAGCUUAAAGCUAAUGGAAUAAACCCCAAGGAAGAAUCGAGAUUUUGUGAAUCCAAUUGUUGGGAUUCGUCAGCUACUAGAACUGUAGAAAAAGAACUGUAUCGAAUUGUAAAACUAUUAACCAAUCAGAUGAGUUUAAUACAUCCGAUUAACCAAUCAGAUGAGUUUAAUACAUCCAAUUAACCAAUCAGAUGAGUUUAAUACAUCCGAUUAACCAAUCAGAUGCGUACUAAGUCAGUGACGUAGGUAGUGGUGGGAAGUAGCGGUAGUGGAAGGCAAAUCUGAACGUAUAAACACAACUAUAAAUGCAUGAUUAAAGCCGGCGAUUAAAGCCAUGAUUUUCGGCUUCAUUUGUAUCGUACCGAAACGUAGUGUAUCUCUUUGUUUCCUGAGCUGUAGUGUGUAAUAUUCCCCUUGUAUGAAACUAUAUUCCCUUUAUAUAAUAUCCCACUAUAGUGGAACUAAUGACUUUGAUACAAAAGAAAAUGCUACGAUACGUUACGAUCGAAGUGGAAAUCCGGCUUUAAGGUCGUUCAGUUCCACUUCAAUCGUAACGUAUAUCGUAGCAUUUUCUUUUGUGUCAAACUCAUUAGUUCAACUAUAAUGGGAUAUUUUCCGUACAAGGGGAAUAUAUUUAACAAUUAUUCGCCGAAGGCGAGGUGAUUAUCGGGGAAUAUUCGCCGAGACGAAGUCGAGGUGAAUAUUCCCCGAUAAUCACCAAGCCUGAGGCGAAUUGUUUUAGUAUUUUUACACAAGUCUUUUGUGUUUUUGGGACUGAAUUUAUUUUAAUUUCGCUUAUUUCUUUAUCAGUAACUUCCACAAAACGGCUAGCCGCCAUUUUGAAAAUUUCGGUUUUGUUAUAUUCACCUGUAGGUGAAUAUAACGGCUUAAUUCGUCAAAUUUGACCAAUCAACGUGUAGGAUUUGUUAUGUUCACUUGUGCAAAAAUACUAAAAGGGGACUUCAACAUGUAAUUUUUUUCUUGUUGUACACCUAAUAAUAAAAAACUGCUGAGGAAACAAAGAAAUACGCUUCGGUACGAUACGGUUAAAGUGGAAAAUGCGGCCUUUACAUUGGGUUAGCCAGAAGUUCUUUAAAAACAACAUUGGUUUUAUUAGACCACUAUCAAUGAUGUCAAAGUUUAUCUCUUCGAUUAAAUUUUCGAUGCCCACUAUGUUUAAAUUUAGCUGCGCAAAAAUCUGGAACACAGCUAUUUCAUUUUUUAUGCACGGAGAAUAUAGAACCUAAAUUACCCAACUUUAAAGGUUCUUAGAAAUCAUUUUACCCUACCAUCGAAAUAUUCAAGCACUAACAUAAUGAACAAUAUCCUGAAGCCAUAUAUAGUAAUGACAAUCAAAGACAAAGAUGUGAUGCAUUAUGCAUUGUAACCAAUUAACCCGCGAUGGAUUUUUAUAGCGGUUUAACCAAACAUAGACUGUUUCAAUUACUAAAGCCUGGUUUACACCACCAAAGUUUCUGUGACCACAGUAGGAAUUUUGCAUAGGUAAAUUAUAAGUUUUGAAGAGUUUGCUUGAAGAAACUGGCUCAAUUUAUUAAACAAUGUUCCCUCAAAGACUUCUUACAUAUCCUUCACAGCUUAGGAUCUAUGCUCAUGCAAAAUUGAUUCCUAUACUGUGAUCAUAUAGAAACUUUGAUAUCCUUCAAUCUUUGUCACCAAGGGCCGGUUGUUUACCAAGCUGGAUUAGCUCUGAUUCUGCAUGGUUAAAAUUUAACCUGUUGUUUUGGUUUGUGUAUUCCUGCGUGUUUGUUUAAAACAUUCCGAGAAUAGAACUUCCGUUGAUCCAGACAAGAUUUCUGAAAAAAGUAUUUCCAUGGUUAUAAACAAGUUGUUGUAAUGAUUGUUUUGAAGAGUUUGUGAACACCAGGAUUAUAAGCUAACUGGCUUUUGAAAAACCAGACUCAAACCAAUUGCAUUUGUACGUUAUUUUGAAGUCGGCCGUAUACAACAUAUUAUAUGAACUGCUACACACAAACGUGUACGCGCGCAUAACAAAAUUUAUGCCAACCAUAAAUAAUUUGUUAGAACUCCGAUGUUGUUUAUUCAUUUUUACGAAGUAUACAUGGAAUUUAGUAUUACUAAUAUUUAAAAGUUUAACGUUUUGGAGUAUUUUAUUAUCGUAAAUCGUUUUGGAAUUGGAGUCGCUUUCUACAUUGUAAAUAUUGAUAAUAUAAGAAACAGUUAUUUGUAGUCAUUUUUUGAAUUACCAUAUGAUUGUAAAUUUGUACUUUUCAUUUUUUUUAAAUUGAUACUCGACUAUUAAAUGAAAACUAUAUGUCGUUGAACGGUCUGUAUACCAGUGUAAGUAGUGCCAAAAAUAAAAAAAAGCUGACGAAGGGCCUUCGCUCGAAACGUCGACGUUCACCUUGUAUUUUUCAGGGUUUAUUUCAAGAAAAAUUUAGAACUGCGCAUAUAGGGAUGUUACGAAGGCAACGGGUGUUUGACUGGGGGGUCGAAGGAUUUUUUACGUGCAUAUAUAGGUGACACAAUAAUGGUAUGGUUGGGUUGCGGGAGCUAGGGAGUGUUCCACAAAACAAUUUGAAUCUAGAGGCGCUUAAGUUCCGGCAAUGAUUUGUUUUACCCAACCACUCACAAAACCUGUUUCGAAACAUGCAACUGGGAAUCAUAUAGAUAUUCAAUAUAUAACACGCUUAAAUUUGCAUUUGAGGC